AAAGAACGGAAGUGAGAGAGAGAGAGGGCGGUCGGUCGAGCAAGAGAACUAGAUUGAGAGAUAACUGUGUGUGUAUGCGUGUGAGAGUGUGUGUGUGAGUGUGUGUUGAGUCAAUCAGUUUCCGAAAAAGGGCGUCCUCCUCCUCCUCCUCGCUGAUUUCUCUCAUGUUUGUCUCCCCGGAGGAAGGGGCGGACUCAGCGCCACAGUAGAUCCGGAAUUAGUGGGUGUUCGCUCGGCUCUCCUCGGCUCGUUCGCUCGCUUGCUCGGUCGGUCGAUCUGUGGGCUCAGCAGCGGGCGGUUCGGUUCUUGCGCAGAGAGGAAGCAGAGCUCAAAAAACAGUCCGAAAGAGAAAAGAAAGAAGAGGAGAAGAAGAGGAGAAGCCGGGAGGAGUGAAAGUCUCGACAGAGGCAGGGACGACAAGAACCUCCUGAGAAGAAAAGAGGAAUAAAAAAGAAGAAGAAAAGUAGAGGCAGAAGAAGAGAAAGAUGCCUCUGGCUCAGUUGGCGGAUCCCUGGCAGAAGAUGCCUCUGGGGGGGACUGCUGGAGAGGUGAGACAUGAUCCCAACACACCAGCAGACACUUUGAUUUGUCCUCCUCACAAACUGACAAGUGACUUUCACUAUGGCUGCAGCUCUUAGACAGGUAUUACACACCUGAAAGUCACUGUGGGAUCCUUACUGACAGCUGCAGUCACUUAGAAUGACAUUUGCGUGGACUUUCAAGUACCUGAACAUUCAUAUUCACUAGAAUAACAGAGACACAAGUCUGGAUUUACUCCUAGAUUCACCUGUAGGCUCCAUAACCUUCAACAUGUUUACCAUAGCUGUGUGACAGUGCUGUGUUUUCUGCUUUAAAUCACUGAUAUAUUGCGUUAAAGUUAUUAUGUACACAAAUAAAACAGAAAGUGAAGUAAGAUUAAUUAUUCAAGUCCAUUUGUUUCACUAUUACUCCAUGGUAGAGUUCCUGACCUACUAUAAAGGAUUAAGAAUUAUAUAUACCAUGAUUCUCCUUAUUGUGCCCCUAAGACUUUAAGUACCUUUGAUCAUAAGCUACAUAUCUAUAAAUACAGAGACUGAAUUAGGUUACAGAGUACUAGAAUAAUAAUGCUUUUUGCGGGCGAUUGAAUGGAAAUGAUGCGGUGUGCAGUUAAUUAGACAGUCAAUUAACUUCUGAGUAAAAGCAGCAGCUAGAGAUACAGUUACAUUAAUGAGGUCAAAAUGACUGUGAACAGACACUGCAAUAUAACAAUAAACUCAUAUCCUACAUCAUACACUUAUUGCUUUAAUUACUUUAUAAUGGGAAUAUUCUUUCUGUGUCAUUUGUUGUUUGAUAGGCUUGUGCAGCCCUUUUCUGAGUUGUUGGUCAAGUUAAUUACUUCAUACUUUUAAAGUGACCACUUUCAUUUUGAGACAAAUAAUCCACCCAGGAUCAUUGAGUGUAAUAUAAUAUAUGACAUUAUAGCAGAUUAUAUUAAAUCACAUUCUAGCCCAUCCAUCCUCAUCCUAUCUAAUAAUAUUGUAGCAUGUGCCGUAUGGUUUCGUUUUAUGUUCUAUCUUAUUAUAUGGUUUUGUAUUCACUGAAUCCAAAUGUAAAGUUGUGUGUCUCAUUGGAUCUUAAUAUAUCGUAUUGUUUUGUUUUAAUCUUGUUGUGUCGUAUCAUUUUAAAUUGGCGUUUUAUGUGACUGUAUUUCAUCACAAUGUUUUAUUGUUUUGCUUAAUAUCAUUUUACAUCCAUGUUGUGUUGCUUCGUGUUACAGCCACAUCGUAAUUUGCUGUAUCGGACUGGUUGUACUUUACAGUGUAGUUAAAAACACCUUGUUGAACACAGAGGCCUGACAAUAAUCUCCACAUGUUGAACCUGAAGUCCAAUAUUUUAUCAUAAUCACAAGAAGGAGCUGGUCUGAUCUGUUUCUCGUGCAAAGAUUGCUCUGUUUAGACCGUUUUCUUGUUGCAUGUGAACAUAUAAACACAGCGGACCUUUGCAGCCAGACAGCGGCUGACAGAGAAUGUCAUUUUCUGUAUCUGCUGGAAAAAUGAGAUAAAUCAGUCGUAGAUUAUUAAAAAGUUUUGGGUUUAUUCUCUCUUGAUUUACACUCAUAGCAAUGAGAUAAUGAAAAAUCACUGAAAUGCUUUCCAGUGUCAGCGCAGAACCACAGAGGCUAAGACAAUAGGAAGUGUUGAAGACUAAAACAAAAACAGCUCCUGUUUGUUUCUGUUUUCUUCUUCUUUAGAGUUUUUGAAUCUUGAUAAGGAGGAGGCGGAGCUUCUUUAACGGCGUGAUUCAGGAAGAGCUUAUGCCUGUCUGUCUGUCUGUCUGUGUGUGUGUGUGUGUGUGUGUGUGUGUGUGUGUGUGUGUGUGUGUGUGUGUGUGUGUCCACUUCCGGUAUGAGGUGUCACAAGGUCUGCAUGGAGAAAUAGCUGAGUAUGUGUGUGUGUGUCUGUGGGCAGAUUAUGAAUAAUCAAACCUGAUUCAGGCUGAAAAAUGCUCUGACUCACAGCCAGCUUCUCUGUCUCUAACAGGCUGAUACCUGCUCGCCGUUUUCCCCACACGACCUCCCCUCACCUCGCUAUCAACCGCUAACUUCUCACCUCAAUGAAACUGACCUUUGACCCUUGUGUCACUCCUUUUAAAGCCUCUCGGCGCGCAGGAUUGUGUCUGAUAUCUGAACAUAAGCUGUCAUACCAGCUUUUUUUCCCAGGCCGCCACAUGACAAAGUAAAAAGAAAAAAAAAACACUCACAGUCGCGCACAAAGGAGCGAGUUUGAAGUUCAGGAAUGAGGACGAGAUGCUUCUGUGAGGUUUUUAGCCCGAGGGGAGGAUCAUUCAGCGCGCGCACAAAGAGCAGAGAGGGGCUGCACUUUUAGAAACAUGGAAGUAUGGAGAUAGAGACGACUAAAAGCUUUAAUGCAGUCAUAAAAAGUGCAUUAAAAAGCUGGAGAGAGAUGUGACAACACACCCUCAAGGCGCAAAAGUAUAAUCUUUUUAAUCUAAUAGUUAAAUCAGAGUCAAGUUAACGUAUAUAAAGAGAAAUAAAGUCGUAAGAGCUUCUAAAAACGAAUAAAGUUGUAGUGUAAUCAGAAAAAAACAGGGAUGCACGAGUGUAUCAGCAAAUAUCGGGCUGCUGACUGCAAAUAACAUGCAAAUAACAAUAACACGGUUUGUUUGUAUCCUGCAGCAUCAUUACAGCAGUACAUAAUCCGGAGAGUAUUUACACUUCAAUGCAGAGGGAGUCGAGGAAGUCUCCUUUUUAAUGAUCGAAUCUGAAAGAAAGAGUGCGCAGUGUGGGAGUGUGACGGUCUCUGAGAAAGAUCAGAUACAGACAGUCUGUGAGACAUGAUCCAGGGUCAUUAUUAGAGGAGGGACUGGUAACUAUUUAAAAACAUCAAACCUCUCAGCUCAUUAAGAAUCAGAUAAAAAUGAUGAAGAAGUCAUCAAGUAUUAUCAAUCCAAGAAUAUCGAUAUCUGAGGUCCAACUUCCAACUGCGCAUGUGGAGGUCCACCUGAAAAGUCUUUAUUCCUUCUUCAAGUUUUCACGUUUACUUACAGAAAAGGAGAAUGUAAAAUAUUGAAGUUUUAUCAGCUUAAAUCACAAUUUUCUACGUUUUUUUCACUUCAAACCAAAUCAGUCAAACAUCAGGAUGAUGAAGGAGUAUCAGCGUCUCCUCCCAUGACCCAGCUGCUCUCUGUGUUUGUUUAAGUUCCUGUUUUCCUGCUCUGCAGAUUAUUGAUAUUGCUAUGUAGAGAUCUGAUUACACUGCAGGCAGAGUCAAGAUGGCUGUGGUGCUCAUUAAUAUCUGCUGUUUGAUCAGAUGUCAUUAUUUAUCCAAAUGUAGACAGCGUAUGUUAUAAAAAGGUUCGAGCACAAAGGGAGAGUAAAGGUACAGGUGUGUGCAGGUGUUUUAUGAGUUUACACAGAGUCAGUUAUUGUAAUUUAGCUGCUUAUCUGGACAUGGAGCGGCUGGAGCUGCAGCACACAGCUCAAGUACCAUUAAACCAUGUCUUUAACCUCAUUAUCAUCCAUACUUGAACACUGUAGAGUAGGGCUGGGCGAUAUGGGAAAAAGUUUAUCACGAUAUAUUUUUUUCAUAUCAGUCGAUAUCAAUAUAAAUCAUGAUAUAAAAAGGGAAAUUUAACAGUGUUUAUUGGUAGCAUGUCUUUUGUGGUACAAUAAGCUACUGCAUCUGUGAGGUCUUUGUGUCUCUUCGACAUUUUGUCGUAAGGCGUUGCGCUAGAGAAAGCAGACUGAAUGGUUAGGUAUUUCGGCUGCACAGGCGCCAUGGGCUCCUUGCUCUGCUCGGGGUUUGUAACCUUCUGCAUUGUGCGUGCUCUGCCAUGUGGCACUGCUUCAGGGCGUGAAAAGGUUUGAGGUGUACGCCAUCUUUGUGAGAACAUGUACUCGACAUAAUUUCCAGUGCACAUUACUCUGACCGACCACAAAAAAGCAAAAUACCUCCACACCACCAACGUUUUCGUUCCAGUGUUGUCAACAAUCUCAUCAUCUGUCGAUCCUUCAUUUUCUUUUUUUCUCACCGACAGUGUUUCAUGUUGAUAUUCAAGGAAAUUAAUUUUUGAUAUAUGUCGUUAUCGUUUUAUCGUCCAGCCCUACUGUAGAGUCAUAAACAUGCUUUCAGAGUCACUGACAGAGAGGAUGAGUUUGCUGUCACCAGCUGUUCAAAAGUCUGAACAGGAUUUAUUUAAAGCAGACAAACAAAUUCACCUUCAAAACUUUGAUCAGAUCCAGAGAAACCGAGUUCAGUGAAUACCUGUCAGAGCUGAAAUCAGGUACCCAGGUAAGAGAGAGGUGAGAGUAUCAUCAGAGACAGACUGUACCUGUCUUCACCCAUUGAUCCGCCCGUCUGCAGCCCUGUCCUCUCUGUAACCUUCGCUCUCUCUCCUCCUCCUCUUAAUCCAUCACUCUUCCUCUGUUCUCUCUCUCCUCCUCCUCCUCCUCCUCCUCCUCUUCUCUCUUUAGAGUGCAGUUUUCAGACUUCUCCUCUCAGUGCUGCACUUAGCAGCAAAGUAAAUACUCGGCUUUUAUUGUUAUUGUUGUUUAGCUCAGCGGUGGUGUGAGUGCUAUCAGUGUCUGAAUCACAGCUGUUGUUGCAGCAGCAGGGGAGCAGACAGGCUGAUAAUCUCUCUUACGUAAUGCUAAUUCACUCAUACGUGUUGUUUUUAUUUUUCCUAUCGGUCGAGCAGAUGAGGUGGAGGAUGUCCGAGUUCGGUGGCCCCACUGAUUAAUCUCACAGUGGGCCCGUCUGCAGACUUUAAUGUAUUUAUUUAUCUGUGGUUUGAGCUCAGUUUGAGUCCUCUGUCACUCGGAGCAGCAGGGACAUGAUGGGAGUUAUUUUUUUUUAAUGAAAGACACCCACUCGAUGUGCGGAGCGGUUCACCUCUGAAAGCUCGGUGGCACAGAUUGAAAACAUGAACGUGGGCAGCGGAGGCCUUGAUAUGACUAAAGAACGAAGCUUUUUACAGACCUUUUAAUAAUGCAGAUGUACAGUACACAGAAGCUGAUUGAUUUGCAUCCUUUGAAUAGAAAUGCAAAAUACACACCGUCUUCUUUAAGGUUGAGCAGGUCCAGGCUUUGCAUGGCUGGAACCUGAUGAUACCUGAUGCCAUUUAUACGUUUCUCAGUCACCGUGAAGAAAGAUUUGCAAAGAUAGAUUAAUUCAAAUUUCACAGUAUUUUUCACCGCUGCUCCAACCGUUUAAAGGAAUAUUCCUGCGUAAAAUUAAUUUAGAGCCAAACACCGUAACACCGAGUUAGACACCCCUUCGAGAGAUGAAUGUUGCCGACCGCUUGCUUCUCUAGUAAAACCAGCUUUAUUAACGACCGCACGAUAGCAAUACACAGCAGUCUGAGGAGUCAUAAACAAACCUCAACCAAAACGCCACUCUAUAGCCACAAAUAAUGCUCAGAACAGCACCUAACUUCAUCAACAGGACAUAUAGGGUCAUAGCCAUAGUACUAGCCACCAAACAUCUUUUUAACUUUGACUCAUUUCUUUUGCAAAGAGACUAAACACAACUCACCCACUCUCCUCCAGCAGCCGCUUGUUUGUUGUGAGAUCUCGAUCAGUCCAUUACAGACUGCUGCGGGGUGCCGCAGCUCAAGGAAGAACAUUUAUGAUCAUUUCUUUAUGGAAAUGUAAUCAGACCGAGAUGCUAAGGCAGAAGAACUACCGCGUCUGCAGUGCAAAAUGAUUAAUAUGGUGAUUAUUACUUCAAGGAAAUGAUAAAGAAAUGAUCAUAAAUGUUCUUCCUUGAGCUGCGGCACCCCGCAGCAGUCUUUAAUGGACUGGCCUGAGGUCUCUGUACAAACAAGUGGCUGCUGGAACAGAGUAGGUGAGUUGUGUUUAGUGUCUUUGCUAAAGAAAUGAGUCAAAGUUAAAAAGAUGUUUGGUGUCUAGUGCUAUGUCUGGGACCCUAUAUGUCCUGUUGAUGAAGUUAGGUGCUGUUCUGAGCAUUAUUUGUGGCUAUAGAGUGGCGUUUUGGUUGAGGUUUGUUUAUGGCUCCUCAGACCGCUGUGUAUUGCUAUCUGCGGUCGUUACUAAAGUUGGUAUAACUAGAGAAGCAAGCGGUCGGCAACAUUCAUUUCUGGAGGGGGUGUCUAACUCGGUGUUACUGUGUGUUUGACCCUGAAUUAAUUUUACACUGGAAUAUCCCUCAAGAUAAAACAGACAAACAGGUCCAAACCCCACUCAUUAUGUGUCUUUGUGCUUAAAGAUUUAACGUUUAACUGCAGUGAUUAGUCAAUUUAUUAAUAGAUUGGUUAAAAGAAGGUUAAUUGAAACUAUUUUAAUAGCAAGAUAAUGAUUUUAGUGCUUAAUCAAGCAGAAAUGUCAAACACGCUCUGGCUCCAGCUUCUAAAAUAUGAAGAUUUGCUGCUUUUCUUUGUCAUUUAUUCUCAUUGAAUAAAGAUUGUUAUGUGACAUUUCGUGCCGACUUCAAAUUUGCAUUUAGACGAAUUUGCAUCUUUACCAGCCAAAACAACAGAUUAGAUUUUAAUGUGACAUACACAAUUGAAACACUAUUAUUGUUUCAUGCACACCUGUGCAGCUCCAACAUGCAGACAGAAGAGAGGUAGGAGAGAGAAGACACAGAAUUAUACUACAUGGGUACUUUGGUGCAAACUUUUACUAGUCAUGUGAUGCAUAACUCAACAAGACCUGAUGUAAAGAUGGGUGAGUCAAACACGAGUCAAACACUUUACAGCAUUUAUCAAGUUACUGUGGAGAGGGAGAACUUCCUUGAACAGGCAGAAACCUUGAGCAGAACCAGACUGAUGUUAGACCAUCAUCUGCUGAGUCUGAGCUGAGUUUAGAGGGAGGAGAGAGGGAGAUGCAGAAAGAGAGAGACGGAUGGUUACAGAGCAAAUCUAAUCUCUGUUGUGAUUUAUAGAAUAACAGAGGUUAAUAUUGCCUUUGGCGUAAAUAUAUCAUGUUCUGAAGUCUGUAGCAUCGCCCAAUGUAAUGUUAUUAUUUCAUGACUAUUCCAGGAUCCAUCUCAAACAUGUUUCCGGCUAAGUGGACCAUGUAUUGAGCGUGUGUUAUUAUUACAUUGUGAUGUUAUAUUAGAGACGGAGGACUUUUUAGGAACCACAGGAUACUGUAUCACCACUCUAAGCUGAAUUUAGAGGUUCAUAUUGAGACUGAGAACUUCUUACACAGUCAGUUUUAUCCUUUUAUUUUAAGCUCCUGCUGAUUGUAGUUUAAGGGAGACUCAUUUUAGAGUCGAAUCUCAUGUCUUGAACUGUUUCUUGCUUGUAAUCGAUCAUAAAUCUGCGCUCCCGCUCUGUCAAACAUUAUCUGCAGUGUUGGUUUUUUCAGCCGUUGUUCAGGUGAACGUGUCUGAACCUGCGGCGAUGACGUUGAUCCGUCCUGUCAGGAGCAGCAGUAAUUACCACGUCACUGCUGCAUGUCAGGUGUGUGUUAAAGUGUGACGUCUCCUCUCUGUGUGAUUACAGGAUACACACCAUGACCCUGAAGACUCCGUGGGCGAUGACGACUCCAUGCCUGCCUGCACCGUAAGUCUGGAUCCAGUUUUUCUGCUUUUUUCAGGAGGCUGCGGGUUUUUGUCGAUGUUCCCUGACAGUCUGAGGGGCUCACUGUAAAUAUAACCAGCGCUCUGUUUGGACUGACACUCUACGAUGGCAGCUGACGGUGAAUGUGUAUGUGUAUGUGUGUGUGUGUGUCAUCCUCUCUUUUUACACUCCUCCAAACUCGUGUGUUUUUCUUCUUGCCGUGUGUUUCAGUUACAAAGCUCACAGUUUCUGUCUGAUGAUGUUUCCUCUGUUUGAUAAAACUGACGCCUACUCCUGCAAGAUAAUUGCGGGUUUGAAAGUGAAGCGCAGUGUGGCUCACUAUUAAAAUUAUGACUCAUUUUAAAGCUGAAGAAAAAAAAAGAAAAAAACCUCCCUCAGAUCCUCUGCUCGCCUGGAUAUCAUCAUUUAUUUGUCAGGUUCUGAUCAUCCCAGGAGUUAUUUCUGGAUCAGAUGUGGUAAUUGACUCUGAAGGUAAACCCUCCUUCCCUUCAGUCUGAUUCAUCCUCUUCCUGUGCCCCAGUUUCAAACCGUGCACAAACUUUAUUUUGAUGUUGUAACAGCUCUGCAAAGUGUGCACAGUCAGGAGUGACUGUAACACAGAGCUCUGCAGCUUAUGCAAGGAGGGGAAAGGACGGAUCAUUUAGACACAGCUCAGAGUGCUUCACAGAGUCAGAAAUGGAGUCUUAACACAAACACAACCAGGGCCACUGAGUCUUACUGAAAAACUUAGUCUGGUUUGGUUUCCUGGUUUACAGUUUGAUGAAUCUUUGGCUCAGUUCUGGCCUGACAAAAUAUCUGGCAUAAAAAUUUAACAUCAUUUGUUUAAGAUGAUAAGAAUUUUAUAUUUUUCAGGGUUUUCUCUCCAUUUGAUCGCAAUAAAAUGAUUCGAAUGCUUUAAUAAAAAAACAGUUAAAUGAAAAUGAAAGUAGUGCGAAGACAGCAUGAACGAAGCGAUCUUAUUUGUUUAUGAAUAAUUCACACCCGUUUAUUUAUUUGAGCCCAGCAACACAUUCCUUAAACGUUGGAGAUGAGUCAAGUUUAUCGUCGUGUCACAUCUUUUAGCAACAUUCAGUAAACAUCAGGAAACCAAGGAGACCAGUUUCUGGAUCUGGUUUCCUCUCUGCGUGGUUCAGUUUCAACCUGCGUUUUUGGUUGCAGCAGCAAAUUGUGUUCACAGACGUUCUCAGGAACUGAUUUGGAGCCCAUGUGGUGAUUUCCACUCGAGAGUCCUGUCUGUUUUUAACCCGGUUAGGUCCUACAUUUCCCAGGAUGCCUUUAGACAGCAGCAGGGAUGAAGAAAGUUGUUUCUCUCAGUCAGAGGAGGAAGUUUGAAGAUGAGUCACCCACACUGAUCUGUAUUUGUGCGUCUUUUGUUCAGAAAUCAUCCUCGCUGACGAUGUGAUCUCUCUGUGUCUGACUCUGACCGGUUCAGAGCCACUCCAAAUGAAACCCUGACCCCGGGUUUAUUCUGAUGAAACAUGAGGCUGUCUUUCCACCAGAUAAUCUGAGAGCUGACUCUUCCCACGUGCUCGAGGAAGCAGCAGCAUCAGCAGCAGUUUAAUGUGAUCCUCUCUGUGCUGCAGGAGCUUCAUCUGCACUGCAGCUGAAUAGACAGAAAGAUGAACUGAGGGCUGAAAUGUUGAAUGUUUGGGUCUGAACAGAAACACUGGCAUCAAACUGACACACAGAAUUAGGCUGUAACCACACUCACACCUUCCCUCCUUUCAGUAACAUGUGGAGGAAUAAUCUGGUUUCUAAACGGAAAUACUCAGAGCCCGAAAAGUUUUCUCUGACAGCAUCCUCAGGAAAUCCCUCAGGCCACUUUCUCUUCACUUACAGAUCUCAGCAAGAUCACCUCUAACCUCAGAUGUUUCACACACCUGGAGACGGCCUGUCGUUGUUGUUGUUUUAAGCUCACAGAGUCACCCAGGUGCUUUUAUUUUGAAGGUCUAACAGCCAGUGUCGGACAACCUGCAGAAAAAGACUCCUAAAUGAGGCUCCUGAUCCGACUUCAGCCUCACUCAGAGGGUUCCUGGAUGGAAACUGUGCGUGUGUGUGUGUCUUUGUGUGUGUGUGUGUGAGAGAAAUACUGUGUGUGUGUGUGUGUGUGUGUGUCGGCGGCAGGCAGAGCAGCUGCAAGCAUCGAUUUUUAAAUGCAGAGGAGAUGGUUUAUAGAUCUGCUGUCUGAGAAGAGCUGAGCACUCAUUACCUCACUCUCCAGAGUCUGCAGCAUGCAUGCACACACACACACACACACACACACACACACACACACACACACACACACACACGCAAGCCUGAGGCAGGAAGCUGGAGGUGAAAACAGUAAGAACAUCACAUCCUUGUGCGUCUGCGUGUGUGUGAGGAUGAAUAUAUUAUCGAGCUGUUAAUGAGUGAGUCUGACUUUUCCACGGGCUCAACUAAGUGUGUGUGUGUGUGUGUGUGUGUGUGUGUGUGUGUGUGUGUGUGUGUGUGUCUCAGGUUAAUUUGAGGUAAUGAGGCGGCUCUUUCUUUCUGUGUCACUCUGCUUGUGGUCUUGAGUGUUUAAGUCACUGGAGUCUUUCUAUAUUUGGGAGAACCCACAUAUAGAUCACACUCUCACUUACUGGACUUUUGCACUAAUAUUACAGACAACCUUUUUUCAGAGGUGAAUAAGACAUCUAACAACUUUUUUCAUGUAAAUAAUUAAUUUAAGCUGCUGAAGUGUUAGUAUUUAAUGCUUUUGUUUGCGAUGCAUGGUAUAAAAGUGACUUUUUUUUUUCAUCUGAGAACUUUACCUUCUAUUAUUGGCAGUGAAAACACGCAUUUAUCUGUUUUGGAGAUUUCACAUUGAGGGUAAUGUAUAGUGAGCAGGUGGUUAUGUGAGUUAUGUGCUUCCUAGCUGCCAGUAUUAUCAGGAUCUAAAGUUUUUGCCACAGUGUCAACAGGCUGAAGGUAGUCCAACAAAAGUGACUCAGAGAGCAAGUUAUGGACAGAAUAAUUAAGAAUAAAAAUAGCUACUUGUCUCAGUUUUUGCUAAUACUCUAAAAAUCCUCAGAUUCCCUCAGAAAGUUUCAAACUUACUUUUCAGAUCCAAGGUCUCGUUGGGCCUCACAAAGAUGGAAUAACAACAGAAAACACACAUGUACCUGCAGCAUACCUGCCCUCAUAUAAUCUGCUCAUUAUUCAAUACUACACACACACACACACACACUCACACACUCACACUCUCAAACAAAUGAAGGGCGAUACCUGACAGCACUAUUUGAGUACGAAGCUCAUAACAGACGACACAAGUUGAGUUCAAGAAAGCAAAUACUUCACACACUGACUGUGCUGCUCAGUGUGAGUCAGGAGCACACACACACACACACACACAGACACACUCACCAUUGCCCCCAGCGAGUCCUAAAAUGUUUUCCAGACAGCGUUAUAAACAUCUCUGCUCUCUGAGGGAACAACCAACAUCUGCUGCCAUCUGCUGCCGCUCAUUGUGUGUGUGUGUGUGUGCAGGACAGACAGUAUCAUGUUCGGAGUCAGGAUGAGGUCAUUCAUUCACUGUCGGACACUCGCUGACCUCUGACUCUGACGUAGACUCAAUAACAGCAGAUUUCAGGUUUUUUUCUCUGAGUCGUUCUGAUUGUUUUUUGAUCUCUCCAUGUUUUAGAAAAAAAAGUCCAUGUCAGCGGCUUUUAAUGCCUUUUUAUUGUUUUUUAAACAGCAGAGGCUGUGUAUUUUAAGAGCCGAGACGAGUCAGUGUUUCCCAUCCGCUGACCCAGUUACUACAGAGAACCUUUAAUUGAUUGAUUGACUAAUCAUAUUAGCCGUUAACACGUUUAGAGAGCAGUGGGCACGCUAAAAACCCAACGUCACUGACAGACCAGGAACAAGCUGAUUCUUUGUCAUGCUUUUAUUUUGAUAGUUUUUAUGUUUGGGUGUUUUUUUUUCUCCUGCUUAGUAAAACUGUGAUUUUAUUUUGAAGGGAAUCAGAACUUAAAACAAUCAAAAGAAUUGUAAAGAAAUAUAAAUGUUCAAUUGAUAAGUAGACUCUCAUGUUGUUUCUGGAUUGAAAAUAAACUUUUAAUGUCACAUUUUAAAGCAUUUAAUCAUUGUUUAAAUAUCUGCUGCAGUUAGUUUGCUAGCAGCUGCUUCUUCUUCUCCAUCUCACUGUUUUAUUGUUGUUGGCAGUCGUCAUAUUUUGCAGUUGCGAAGUACUUUAGCCUCUAGUGAAAUUGCCUCAUUUUGUUGGCUUGUAAAGUUAGUACUGUAUGAUCCCUGCAUGAUCAAAUUAAUGGCGAUAUGUGAACUCGCUGUAGUUCAACAUUUUUGUUUUUUGAUGUUUCCUCCUCAGCCUCUUAAAAACCCUCUUCACUCUUCCUGAAAGCUUUACUCCAUUACGCCCAUUGGCACUGCAGACGUGGUAGUUCUUCUGUCUUAGCGUCUCGGUCUGGUUGCAUUUCCAUGAAGAAAUGAUCAUAAAUGUUCUUCCUUGAGCUGUGAAACUCUGCAGCAGUCCGUAAUAGACUGGUCGAGGUCUCGCUUCGAAUAAACGGCUGCUGGAAGAGAGCAGGCAAAGUUAAAAGGUGUUUAAACUAGUGCUGUGGCUGGGACCCUUUAUGUCCUGUUGAUGAAGUUAGGUGCUGUUCUGAGCAUUAUUUGUGGCUAGAGAGCGGCAGUUUGGUUGAGGUUUGUUUAUGACUCCUCAGACCGCUGUCCUAUCUAUCCUGCGGUCGUUACUAAAGUUGGUAUAACUAGGGAAGCAAGCAGUCGGCAACAUUCAUCUCUUGACGGGGUGUCUUACUCGGUGUGUUUGAUCCUAAAUUAAUUUUAUGCCAGAAUAUCCCUUUAAGCCUUCGUGAAUGCAGCCACUGGACUCAUUCCUGUCCCUGGUCUGUGUGCAGAGUCUGUUCGAGCUCCACUGAGUCAUGUUUUUCACUUUCAUCAAAUGUGACAGCAGGACAAGCUGAACAUCUGGACGGAAAGCUGCUCGAUUUUUCUGCUCAACCUGAAAAGUCCUGCAUCAACAAAAGUUACAAAGAAAAGACGAAACAUCUUUGAAUCAGACCGGUUUUCUAAAUUCACCUUUCUCUGGGUUCACACAGUCUUUGGUUGGCAGAGUUCAUGGAGCUCAAACUGUGAAUGAGUCACACUGACUGCUUUAAUAUUCGGCUGCCUUCGGGUUCCUGUCACAGCCGUAAAAUUACACUUACAAUGGUCCCAGUUUAAUUCGUCUAAGGUUGCUUAAGAAGAAUGUUGUUUUUCAGGACUUUUCAGGAGACUUCCAACUAAGUACUGUCUCAUCUGGCGGCUAAUAGUACCUGAUUUACUGUUAGGAGUUAACCCUGAAGCUGCUGUGAUGUUACGUAAGAGCUCAGGGGCGAAAAAGGUCAAAAAUGACAUUAUUUUAAAUGUAUUUAAGUCCUGAAUCUGAGGGGGUUUUUCACUUGCUGUUACUUCUGAAUCACGUUUAUUUCUGGUUUCCUCUUCGCUCCAUUUAUGGAUGAAGUGACAUUUUGUAUUCACUCACAGUGGCUUUGACAGUGACUUUUAGCCGAUGCGGGGACUUCCACUCUAGAGUCAUGUCUGUUUUUGCUGCAGUGCUUUGCUGAGGGCCAAAAUAUCAUCGCUACCCAGUAUUAAAGAUGUAGAGUAAGAACUGUAGGUGAUGAAAUCUUCUUUCUUCACAUUUUGGGGAAAACUAUUCUGAAACAGUUGAACUUGCAGCUCUUGCAGUCUCUCACAGAGUGUUUCUUGAGCUUAUUUAGAUUUUAAAAAUGUGUUUCUGGCUUUAAAUUUAAGACUGGCAUUCAUUUCUCAGAGUGUGUUCAUAUUUUUCUUUCAGUUUCAAUUUUUAUUCCAUUAUUUUCACUCUAUUUUGGAUUAGAAAUCGGAUUUUACUAACGAACAAAAACAUCAAAAUCUGUUCAUCUGUUAAUUUUAUGCUAAUGCAAUGUAAGUCAGCGGUAAAUACACACACACAUUCACACACAGGCUGCUGCUGCAAACACACAAACGCACAUUCAUGCAGUCUGGACCCUCGUUUCUCUCCUCGGCCUGUUUUCUUCUGACAGAUUAUUAAAGAGCGCUUCAAUUAUUCAUCCCUCCUCCAGAAUAAAAAGGCCGUUAUCAUAAAUGUGAAAAUGUAAUGAACUUUCUCACACGAGGAGUCAUUUUUCAGAUUCUAUAAAUCACCCCGUGACCUCCCGGAUGUGUGUUUGUGUGCUUGUGUGUGUGUGUGUGUUUGUGGAUAAAUGUGUGUGUGUGUGUGCGUGUGCGUUGCUUUCUCUGGCAGAUGGUGUUUAAUCUUCUUCGGCCAUCUGGACCGACUUUCUCCAGCGUCUUUUAAACGCCCACACACACAAACACAUGGCACACUACUCUCUUAAUCAACAUGCUCAGGUGUGUGUGUGUGUCUGUGUGUGUUUGUGUGUGACGGAUAAAGCAGACGAGACAUUCCGUGGAAAAAGUCAUCCACUUACGUUGUGACGGGUCACAAACUCUUAGCUUGGAUCAGAAAGUAGUAGACUCUGUUAGUGUGGGUGUUUUUGUUUAUGUGUGUGUCAGUGUGUGUGUUAGUGUCAGUGUGUGUGUGUGUGUUAAAGUGAAGGACACAAAAACAAAAGGAGUCAGUUCGGUGGUUUUGUUUGCUCUGCUCUCUAAAAGGAGUUAUUUCGGUGUUUGGGUUCGGCUCACAGUGGCUAUUCAUCUGUGUUUGUGGUCAUCCUUUUGUGUGUGUGUGUGUGUGUGAGAGGGAGGGAGGAAGUGUGUGUGUGUGUGUGUGUGUGUGUGUGUGUGUGUGUGUGUGUGUGUGUGUGUGUGUGUGUGUGUGUGUGUGUGUGUGUGUGUGUGUGUGUGUGCUCUCAAGCCUGAACACCUAAAAUGGAAACUGGGCCCCACCCACGCCGGCUAGAGUGGUUAUUGAUGGGAGCAGAGAGGGGAAGGGAGAGAGAGGAAAUAUUGAUUGAUAGGAAGUGGCACAGAGCGAGGGAGGGAAAGUGUGUGUUUGUGUGUUUGUGUGUUUGUGUGUGUUGUAGCGAGAAGACAAAGAUAAUAAGUGAGCAGAGGAGAGAAAAAGUUGUGCGUCUUUUCAGAGUUUCUGUCAAUUUCCUCUCUUGUACUGGGCAGGGUCACAGUAUGUGUGUGUGUGUGUUUAUAUAUGUGUGUGUGUGUGGACCUCAGCGCCUCCUGUGAAUGAGGCAUUGUGGGUAUAGCCAUUGUGAGGUCAUGGGCUGAUGAUGUAAUCUGUGUAACCCGGCGCCGCUUUUCCUGAACGCAGCUCUCUUUAGGAACAAACCAAUCACCGCGCAACAACAACAACAACAACACACACACACAUUUUAACAUAACUAUACUUGUGGGAACUCUGAUAUAUGGCCUGCUCUUGUUCAGUGACCUCUGACCCCAUGUCCUCAAUGAAACUUAACCAGUUUAAACACUUACAGCUUCACUCUUUGGUCUUUAAAAUUUUAAAUUGUUUAAUGAUGUUGAAUUUGACUUAAAAUUGUUCAAAGUGUGUGUGUUUGUGUGUAUGUGUGUGAUCUAUGAACUUCAGUUCUGAUUGAUUUUUCAGAGCUAAUAUUGAUAAUUAAUAUUUUAUAGGAUGGACUCUGCAAGUGUUUAACAGCCUGUACAGAAGUUUCUGCACAAAAGUGUAUAUCUGAACAAAAGGGGAGCUAAUAGGGAGCCCUGUGGCACACCUUUACCCCCAAUUUGCACCGUAUAUGGAACAUCUACGAAAAGGCCGUCUCCGCUAUUCACAGCAGAUCAUAACCACUGAAGUUAAUGUGUCAAUUUCCGCCAGCUUCUUUCCGUUCUGUUGCGGUUUGCAGGGCUCCACAGCCAAUCGCAAGACACCGGAGCAUGAUGGAUAAAUUCAGCACAGAUUAACCCGUGCUGGAAAGAAGUCGGACACAGACACAAAAUAAAACAUCCGGCUUCUUUCAAAGUCAAACACCGUGUUUCAGGCGGAUCAUAUUUCACACCAUGCAAACAGGCGGGGACGAACAAGUGGAAGGUUGAUGACACAAUGGAUGAGGAGAUGCUGAUUUUAUAAGUCUAGAAGUAGAUUUCCUCCUCUGGAAGGACACAAUCUACUGAUUUUAUGAUUAUGUGGCUGUCUUUAUAGAAUCAACUUGUUAUUGCGCGAUUGCACAUGAAUCUGCGGGUUCUUGUGAGUUCUUGCGAUUACCGCUGUUCGUAAUCCACCACGAGAUUCGCCUCACCAACGGAUUCGGUAGGAAUUGGUGGAAAGGGAAAAUCGCUGCCGUUCUGGGUCAGAGCCGUUCCAGAUGCGGUGAAAAUUAGGGGUUACAAUGUCAGAGUAAAGCCCAUCAUGCCUAUUGCACAGACACUCACCAGGAUAAUUUAAAAACCAAUAAGAAGUAUCUCUUUAUUAGGGCUGGAAUCUCAGGGUAUCUCACGAUACAAUAUGAUACGCGAUACACGGCUCACAAUAACGAUAAUGUCUUGAUAUAGCGAUACUGUGAUUAUCGAUACAUUGCUCCUGGUAACCUAUGGUAUAUCUGUGUAUUUAUACGGGUGAAAGAAAAACAAACAAUAAAAUAAUAAAAAAAUAACAAAUAAAAGUGCAACCAGUAACCGUGCAAAAACCAUGACACUCUUUCAGUGCAACAUAACUAUAAACAGUAUUUUUUUGGGUGUCUAACAAAGAAUGGUAUUAUUUUAAACUCAAUCAGAAAACAUGCGCUGGAAUAGUUAUUUCAGUGAAAUGUUUACGACCGGGUAUUUCAUACCUCGGCGUAUGGAUAAUCCAUCAUUAUGUUCAAUAUCUUGAUAGCUAUAUCGAUAUUUUGUCACACUCCUGAUUUUUAUCCUCGGAGGGAAUAAACCAAAAGUUUCAAACAGCAUUGUGCUCAAAAUACUGAUCCAAUAAAUCCACUUUGUAAAUAUGACACAUGUAAGUAUGAUUCGCAUGUCUUCCCAGCAACACUUUUCCAAAAUUUGAUUAUGUUGAUGACCUCGUAUUUUCAGCCUUAAAGGGAGAAACAGAGAUUUCUUUCGAGAGGUGCUAACGAGCUUUAUUUUGCUUUACUCUGGGAUCAGCAUCCUGUUUUUGCUCGAGUGGAAAUGCAGCAAAAAGAGAGAUGAAGCCCAUUCAGUGGACUCAGAAAUUAGAUAUUUUUGCUGUGGAGGGGGCAGGAAGACAUCUACAUCUGAUUAAGUUCAGAGAGGGAGUGAGGAACACGCCGGAAAAAGCCCCUCAAACUCUAAAUAAACUCUUUCUGUGCCUAAUUUAAACCGAGGAGAACACACACACUCUCAGGCGUUUGACUGUGUGUGUGGAGGGAAUUUCCUUUGGUGAAGAGGAAGAGGAGGAGGAGGAGGAGGAGGAGGGCCUGAUGGGGAGUUCCCCUCUCUGUCAGUGAGAGGAAGAUGCAGUAAAGAGAGGACAAACAUGCAGCGAAGGAAAGAAAGAGAGUGUAAGAGCCUCUCCCCCCUCGCCGCAGUCUACCUGACCCAGGGCAGGAAUUUGGCGUGGAGACUCGAAACUCAUCUCUCCUUUCAUUUCCAUCCCUCCUCUUCGUCAUCCUCCUCUUCUCUGACUCCUGAGGAAUUUCAUGUUGAAAGAUUCCUGAUCUUCUUUCUCAGUACUCGCUGUUGCGUUAUUAUCUUUAAUCAUGUUUUCCUGACCUCUUUAGUUUGAUCACAGAAGCUCUGCAUUCCUGAAAAUCACUGAAAAUCAAUGUACAGACUGUGCAAUGAGAGCGAACAUAAUUAAUGUCACAUAAUGAGCCAUUUUUGGGGCCCAGGAGUUUGUUUUUGUUCCUGCGGUUCUGAAACAGGUAUCGAUACCAUCUCAUUUAAAAUGGCAUCAUAUCAAAGUCCCGAGGCUCUGUCCUGAAAGCUCCUCCUCUUCCUCACCUAAACGCGGCGUAGUAUUUGGAGUUGUGUGAGUGUGUGGAACAGAUGGUGGAUGUUUGAGACUCGGUUCCUGGAAAUAUCAGGACCUGAAUGUCCUGAAAUGGUCCUGAAAAUGUCAGGAGUUCAUGUGUGAGAGGAAGGGCUUCAGUUUCAUCCUGAACUUUAAUUUGAUUCCUCUGACUCUCCUUUGUUUUACCUUUUUCUCCUCCUGUUUUCAUAUUUCCUUUUCUCCCUGAUGCCCUUUUUCUUUUCCAGUCAUUUUAUCCUUUCCUUAACUCACUCUUUUGUUUCCUUUCUGUCUUUCCUUCCCCCUCUUGACCUUCUUUUCUUCCUCUAAGUCCUUUUCUGUCACAUUUUCCUGCCAUUUCUCCCUUCCUCCACUUCUCCUCUCUUCUCCAUUUCUCUUUCCUUUCAGAUCCUCUUCUCUCACCUCCCUCUCUCCUCCUCCCUCACUCCUUUUCUGUCCUGCCCUUCUUUCGAGGAUUUGCAGACAUGUUUGCUUCUUUUGUUUUUUUGUCUUUUUUUAUUAAAACCACUUCCUCUUCCUUUAAAUGAACAAAGAUUGUAUUGUUGAUAAUGCAGACGAUGCAUUUACUGACCUGUGGGAAAUCAGAACGCUCUACCUCAGACUUCAUAUUUGUGAGAAAUCAUUUUAUUUUUCAUGUUUCAACAAAAACAAGACGAAAAAAAGUUGAGAUUUAAAGUUCAACAUGAGUGUGUGUGUGUGUGUGUGUGUGUGUGUGUGUGUGUGUGGCUGACGGGAGGCCUCCAAGGACAGAUGUGUGCCUUCCUGUGCAGAUGUUGUUGCCAGGGAAACAAUGACAGGACAUGGUUUAAUCGCCGCGAUGAACAGCUGGAGGGCCUUCCUGCAUGUGUGUGUGUGUGUGUGUGCGUGCGUGUGUGUGUGCGUGCGUGUGCGUGUGCACAUUUCCCCCCCGGGCUCUGUGCGCAGUGACAAGUUCCUCAGUUAAUCACUCUGAGCUGAGCUGUGACAGCAGAGGAGCGAUGAUGAAGACACUUUUAUUUCACGUUAUGAGCAGGACUUUUCAGGUAGUAUCUGCACACACACACACACAGACACACAUACGCACACACAGACACACACACACACCAUGCAGAGACACCGACUGUUAUUACAGAUUGUCUUUCCUCGGCUGUCUGUGUGUGUUUCGUUUGUUGUGAUUCACACUGACUCUUGUUGGCAUGCCUCUGCUCUCGGUCUGUUCAUAUUAUUCUUACUGUGAGUGUGCAUGUUCGUGUGUGUUUUUGUGUGUGUGUGUGCAUGGAUAUUUGAGUGAGUGUUUUGGACUAGCCGGAUGUUUCGAGCGGACAUGUAACUUUAGAUUAAAAUUCUCUUGUUUUAACCUUUUAAACUCUCGCCUUCUGCUGUUUUCGCCCACAUUUGACUCGACUCUGACUCGCUGUUUCGGUCUUUUUAGUAUUAAUGUGAAUAUUUGGCUAAAACAUGUAGAGACAGAGCUCAAUGUGCCAGUAAUAUCUACAUAAUAUAUCAAUAAACAGGGUAGUUGUGCUUUGAUGAAAAGGAAAAGGAAAACCCAUCUCGCUCGCUGCGCCCUCAUAUUAAUAUUCAUCAUAAGUCACAUGUUUUUUUGGACUCUAAAAAAAGGACAAACUAUCAGGAAGUUACAGGUAAAGAGAGGAGAGCAGGGGGAGGCAGGUUGACCAUGUGACCUCAUGCACACAGGGAUUAAAUCAUCAGGUUUUUCUGUGUGCAUGUGAACGUUGUAUCCAGAUUAUGAUCCAAACCGGCCUCCAGCUCCUAACAUGUUCACUCAAGUCCACGUGAACACAGAGGCAGAUUUGAAAAAAGUGUCCCACCCCCCACACACAAACCUCUCCCCUCUGUGCUCCACGAUAACUCCCCCCUGAACCUGUAUCGCCCACGACACACCUCCUCUGGCCGAGCAAGAAGCCGGUUGGCAGAAGAUCCUACGCUAGCUUCAAAUAGGAUUCAUCAUGAUGUCGGAUUGUUAGUGACUAGCGGCAGUAAACGCCAGCUCUGCUAGCGAGCGCCGUCUGCAGCUGCCUGGACAGCUACCAUGUUGACAUUGCAGAGACUAAUAAGAGUUAUUUAUGUAACAUGUGCCACGGUAAAAGGCGAUAGAAAUUACCUGUUCAACAAAAACUCUGCUGUCUUAGUGUCUGUUUUCAGGAGCUUUCUCCACCGCUCCAAGGAUGACCCGAAGUUUAUUCGAGUUUGAUUCCUGUUUUGGUCACAUUUCCUCUUCGUCUCUGCCCUUUCUUCCUCCGGCUUGCGUUUUCUUAACACUUUUGGCGGUGGGGCGAGCAGAAGUGUUUUUCUUUUUCCGUCCUUCACCAUUACAGCUCCUGUAGCUAAGCUGCUACGCUACUUUUAGCCUCUCAGAGCUCAGAGGAGAGCCGGGAGAAUGGGAGGAGACCAGUCAGAACAAUGGGAGGCGAAUUUUUUUUUUUUGUACAAUGGUAGGGGAAGGUCCCGCCCUCCUUCCCCUCUGAUUUGCUGGAAGUGCUGGGCUCCGAUUGGUUAUACCUAAUGGCUGUGAAACAUCAUCGUCUGUCAGGUUAGGAUUAGGAUUAGGGUUAGGGUUAGAGGAUUCAGAAGUGCUAUAAUGUUCUGUAAUGUUCUGUUUGAUGUACAGAGCUGACAGCCCCAGUUGGCUUGAGAGUGUGAUGACACUCACUCCAAUGGUAGAGGGGUGUGUCGAAUACAGCGAGGUGAUUGGAUGGAGAGGCGGAGCAGGAGAUCGACCAAUAGUAGCUCUCCGGGAUGGAUGGCUCCCAUUGGUCAAUGUUUUUGCAGCCCUGAACAGAUUUUUUCUGUUCUUUCCUCUCUUCACUUUGUGGAGAUUGCACUAUUGGACCAUGAUCACCAUAGAAACGAGGUUCAUAAUAAUUACCCAUCUCUCCAAUCGUCAACCAUACCUUUAAUGUGUGCAGUGACAACAAAAGCUCAACUCUGUCCAAUAAAGUCAGUUUUGUUUGAAGACAGAGGAUCAUUAAAGGUCAACAAAGUGGAAAACUUAAAAUCUUCUCCUUCCUCUUGAUCUGGAGUGAAUGUAAGGAGAGGACAUUUCCUGCCUCAGGUUUCCCAUCAUGCUCUCUGUGAUGUAAACAGUGUUAUGUUGUUGUGUGGGUCAUGUGUUCGCUUUGCAAACACCUGAGAUGUGUUUCCGUUAAAGUUCAUGGAGCAGCUGGCAGUGACGUCAGACUAAGGAGAUUUUUAGGAACAUUCAAGAACGUCCUCUGUUUUAUAACGUUGAUUUGAGAUUCAGAUGCAUGCAUGAAAUCAUCUGCAGAGUGUAGUUUUGCUGUGUUUCUAGCGCCUGAUGGUGAGCUGGAGACGCUGAUAAAACUGUUCAGACUCUGACUCGAAGUGUGAGGAGGUUUUUCUGCAGCUUCAAACGCUGAUUUCAAAUGUGGGACAGAGCCGAGCACAGAGCCAGUGAUCAUUUAUUUCUUUCCCCUGCAGAGCAACGCCGGCUCACACUCUCACAUGUUGCAUAUUCAUCUGUGUGUGUGUUUGUGUGUGUUGUGUGUUUGUGCGAGUGUGUGUGUGUGUUAGUGUAAUUAAGAGGCUCCCUCAUCCUGAUCAGAGAGGCUCAAUUGGCAGCAGAUGAGGCCCUUUGAUUUUCUGUAAUGAGGGGAGAAAAAGAGGGGGAGAGAAAAAGAGGGAAAGAGAGAGGGGUGAAGGCAAGGGGAGGAAGAGAGAGGUAGGGUGUGAAUGGGAAAGAGAGAGGAGAGAGAGAGGUGGGGUAAUGAAAAAGUAAAGGCAGAGGAUGAAGAGGGGGAGAAAGAGAGAGAGAACACAAAGAUAGAGGAGGGGAUGGAAGGGAAAGGUAGAGUGAGGAAGGAAGAGAAGAAGGAGCGGUAAAGCUAGAGAGAGGUGGAGAGGUAGAAAACAAAAGUGGAAAGAGAGAGAGAGAGAGAACUGAGAGAAAAGAGGUAAAGGAAGGGAAUGGUAGAGUAAGGCUGAGACUCAAUUGAGGAGAGAGAGAGAAGGAGAGGCGAGGGACUUGAGGUAGGAAAAGGUAGAGAGAGGUGUAAAAUGAAUGGAAGGAAAAAGCGAGAGAGAGAGGGAGAUAAGGGAGUGAAGAGAGAGAGAGAGAGGAAAAGUGGACCAUCACACAGACAGUGGUUGCUCUGUCCAUCAGAUUUGUGUGUGUGUGUGUGUGUGUGUGUGUGUGUGUGUUUUGGAUGAAUUACCAUGGUAACACGGUUGGCAUGGCGACAAAGUUUUUCGUCUCCUAGAUGUCCUCUUCCCUCAUCCCUGUCUCUCUCUCUGUGUCCCUGUCUCACUUCCAGUUAGUCUCUUUACCCUCUCUCUCUCUCUCUCUCUCUAUCCCCUCUGUCUCUCCACCUUUCUCUCUUGUCUCACUGUCCUUUUCCCCUCUCUCCGUCUAUCCCCUCCCUCUCUCUCAUUGUCAGUAGAUGUCUCUCGCCCGCUCUCCCUCUCUCAUAUUGGUGAAGUUUAGGUCAGUGUGUUUGACCUCACUGUUACGUUUACAUGUUUAGAAAUGUGAGAUAUUUAUAUUUAAUUCAAUUUGUUCAAUUCUGAAAAGUUUUAUUGACAUGGAAAACAAAGUUUAGAUCGCCGUAGUAACGAACAAAACAAAAACAAAAACUACAAAAUGAAAAGUGCCAGCAGACAGAAAGGCACUCUGGGAGUCGUAGUGUCUCUGUUUGUUUCAUAAACCGGAUGUUUUCACUCUGAUUGUUGUUCUGAUGGUUGAAGGAGGAUAGUUUACCGACCUUUGACCUUUGACUGAACGACCGACUCGGACUUUAAUAUUACAAACUUCAUCUACGCCCUCUGAGUCCCCUCAGCGCUGCUACCUCUGAGCCGCUCUCUGUGGAUCGCUUACAGCACACACACACACAGACACACACACACACACACACACACACCUUCAUCUCCUGCCUCUGAGACAUGAGUGUAUCAGUGUGUGUGUAUUUGUGAUGGUGUGUGUGUGCAGAGCUGAGAUUGAGGAUCUUGUCUUGCCAGCGUCUGAAUAAAUCAUGAUGUCCUCCCUCUGCUCCUCCUCAUCAAUUCUUAAUGCUCUCUCUCUCUCUCUCUCUCUCUCUCUCUCUCUGUCUCUCUCUCUCUCUCUCUCUCUCUCCUCUACUCUAAAGUUUGCUCUCUGCUGUAAAUCACACCAGCCUCUCUCUUUCAUCACCUCAUCAUCCUCUACAUCUUUUUUUCUCCUCCCUCUCUAAUUUCUCUCGCUCCGCUCCCUCUUCUAUCACACGUUACUCUGGUGUCAUCUACACUUCCACUGUUGCUCUGGUAUGAAGACUAUUUUCAUGUAGAAAACAAUGCUCUGAGUGAUUCAGAAAUGCUGUCAUUGUGUAGUUUGUCCAGCAGAGGGCGCUUCAUCUCUGUAGUAAACCGGACUCUCUGUAAGAUCUGCAAGACAUGAAGCCGAGCAGCUCGGCUGUUUACUGGUCAAGAAGAUAAUUAUACUCUUAAAGUCUGUGGGUCUUUAUCGAUAAAAUGUGUUUGGACUUAAUGUUUACCGGACUUGAAAGGGGGGUGUCCGGUUUUAAACAGGCUUGAAUAUUGAUGCUAACGUCCAUGGAUGUAUGACAGUAUAUAAGGGCUGUUAGUAGAAAUAAAAGCCAAGUAUAAAUUUUUUUUUACUCUAAAAAGUCAGAAAUUUCAAACAAAAGUCAGAAGUCUACGUUUAGUUGGAGGUCUGAAAUAAUCUUUUAUCUUGGAGUAAAAACUGAAUCUGAAUUUAAGGUCUGAAUCAUGAAAAAGGACAAAACCUAAAAAAAAAAAAUAAAAAAAGUUUGAACUCCGUGAAAAAAACUCUAAAUUCUUGGAAAAAACAUCAAAAAAUUGUAAAAAUUCUGUAUUCUGAGCUUAACUCCGAAUUAAAAAGAAAAAAGAAAAGAAAAAGUCUAAAUUCUGAGAAAAAAUUUCAAAAUUCCUGGAAAAAAGAACCAAAAAUUAUAAAAAUUCUGUGUUCUGUGAUUAAGUCAGCAUUCCUAGAAAAAAAGUAAUCUGCACUUUGUGAAAAUUAAACAUCACAAGAACUUUUAGUUUUCACUUCCAUCUACAAAAUGAGCUCUAAGGUGCAACUAACCAGUAACUGCAUCACAGAGGACAGCAGAGAGCGUUAUUCCACAGUGAGUGAAUCAGCAGCACAGACGUGUGGAUGAAGCUAAACUGAAGAGGGUCACUGACAGCAGGUUGGGAAGACUUUACAACAUUUGAUUUCUAAAACAAAACACAGAAGGCAGUUAUCUAUUAAAAACCCCUGAUGGCCCUGCAAAUUCAUGAAAAUGUUUAUUUUCAAUCAAACUCAGAUUUCCUCUCCUCUGGUUUGGCUCCAUAUUAGUGUGGGUGAGUUUUUACUCUGUGCUGUACGGUAGAUUAUAUUUAGUGUAAACAGCCUCUUAAUUUAAAUGAAGCCAAAUGAAAACAAAGUUUCGACUGUUUGAUGUAAACAACACAGAGGAAUUUAAAUGAUUUGGUAUUUAUCAGGGUAUAUGUCAAUAUUAUUGUCUCUGUGUUAUCUGUAGGUCAGUGUCAGUCACUGCACUACACUUCCCAUGAUUCACCUGUCAGUCAAACUGCAUGAUAGCAAUCUAGAUUCUCGGUUGAUAAGGCGUCAGAUUCUGUAGAUGGAGCUCUUUUCUUUUCUAUCAGUCACAUCUCUAAGUAGUGUGUCACCGUCAGUGUGUGUGUUUGUGUGUCUGUGUGUGUGUGUGUGUGUGUGUGUGUGUGUGUGUGUGUGUGUGUGUGUGUGUGUGUGUGUGUGUGUGUGUAGAUAAACUCUUUCCAUUAUUCCUCCUGUGGACAGUUAACUGUUUCUCACUGUCAGAUGAUUUAAAUGCUUCGGACGUUUUAACUCACAGUAGACUCUCUGAUCUCUAACAGGUGACAGGCAACCUUUGUGUGUGUGUGUGUGGGCAUGUGUGUGCAUGUGUGUGUGUACUCAUAAUCUAAAUAUUCCUACAUCCUGCUGCAAGUUUCAAAUGUGUUGGACUGUCUGAUGACUUUGGAUAAGUUUAUGAAAAACAUUUUUAACGCUGGCCGACUCUCUGAUCUCUGACAGGUGACCGCUAGCUGUCACUCUUAGCGCGUGUGUGUAUGUGUGUGUGUGUGUGUGUGUGUGUGUAUGUAUGUGUGUGUGUGUGUGUGUGUGUGUGUGUGAACUUUUGUCCCUGUGUGUGUUUACGUGAGUGUUGGAGAGACAUUUGAGCCUUGCACAAGGCCAGCGGAAAUGCUCUUUAUGCCUCUAACUUGACAAAUCCCCAGCGUGUGUGUGUACGUGUCUUUGUGUGUGAGUGUGUGUGUGUGUGUGUCCAGGCCAUCCGGCUUGUUAAUUUCAUUGCGUAACAGGCUUGGGGGGGUAGGGGGGCAGAUUGUCUGGAAUGGCACGCCGCUCGCUCAAUCCUUGAUAACUGCUGCCAUGGAGAAGCUUUCCACACACACUGACACACAGACACCGGGAUUUUAAAGCGACUGGCUGUUUCAUUGUCUCACACACACACACACACACACAUGCACGCACACACACAUUGCAGUUAUAACACCACAGUAACAUCAGUCUGCUCUUUAUUAUUACAGAGUCCCUCUUGUAUCUAUUUUUAUUAGCAGAGUUAAUGAAGGAUCUGCGAGAGACGCUGAAAAUGUGGCCUCUCUUUUCUCCAUUUACAUAUCUCUCUCACACUCACACACAAAUACACACACAAACACACACACUGUUAACACUCGCUGCGGUAAACUCUGUCACCGCCGAAUCCUCCCUCCUUUUAAAGCCAGGUGUUUGUAUCUGUGACGUCUGAAAAGCCAAGGGACGAAAUACGCUCGAUUAAAGAGGCUGUAGAUCAGAAGCACAAUUCGGAUUUUUUGUUAAAUCCGAUCUUUUUGUGCGGUCGUUCACAUUACAACGACGAAUGCGGCAUCUAAUGUGAACAGAAUGCAUACGUGAAGUGACCCGCAUGCACACAAAUCGCUUUCCGCGUCUGUUUGUGUUGUCGAACAAUGAUGACAUUUGUCACAUAUUGAUGACGUAUAGGUCGGAUGAACGAGACCUGAGCGUCCACACUGCAGUCACAUCGGAUACAUAGCCGAAUUAUAUCCACAUACCAAAGAGGCCUGGGUCGGAUUAGAACAAAAUCAGAAUUGCACUUUUCACACUUACAUGAAAAAAUCAGAUAUUUGUCACAUUUGGUUAAAAAUUUGAAUUGACCUGCAGUGUGAACAUAGCCUAAGAAGCACUGAAAGUUGGAGACAUUAUUCUGGAUCAUAUGAAAUAUUGCUGCGUUCGAAUUACCUUGGAAGUCAGAUGUCGGAGCUGAAAAUGACGUCACACCCGAGUUCCCAGCGUUUCAGUUACUAAAACCGGAGGCCUAAAACAAGAUGGCUACAUCUACGAAAGUUAUUUUCACGCUUGCCUGAUAUUCAGACAAGGCAAACGCUCAAAUAAGUUCCGUAGAUGUAGCCAUCGUGUUUCCGCCUCAGAUUUUGCUUCUACAUCUACAAGUUGUUUUUGCGUUUGCCUUGUCUGAAUAUAAGGCAAGCGCGAAAAUAACUUUCAUAGAGGUAGCCAUAGAGGUAACUCGAACGCAGCAUAAAAACCCAACAUUAUGAAGGACGUAAUAUAAGAGCCUGGAUGAUUUUAGAUCUGCAGCCUGUGAUCAAACAUAAGCAAUAAAAUAAAAGAGCUUAAAUCCUCUAAUUUUUAUGAUAUGGUGUAUAAAAACGCUUUAAGUGAAACCUGGUGUUUGAUUCAGUGAGUGUUAUCAUCAAAAUUAACUAAGUGAAGAAAGGAAGUCUGAGCUGCAGGCUGAUGAUAUUUCCUGUCUUGUAAAUCACCGCUCGCCUCAAAAGUAGCUCUAAUGUAAAAAGACGUACAGCUUUAUUUUUGCUGUGCUGUUUUUUUGCCCUUUUGUUAUUUCUGUCCCUGGCCUGGUACACUUUGUUUUAACCCUGACUUUUCUGCGUGUGUGUGUGUGUGGAAACCAGUGCAUACUCGGGGCAAGCGACAACAGGUGGAGGUAAUCCAAGAAAUGUCAUGCAUCCUGUUGACCGUCCACUGCGGCAUUGUGUACAUUGUGUUUGUGUGCGGUGACAGGUGGAGGAUUCUGAGUGGGGUCCGUCUCGGUCCUCAUUGUGUUUGCGACGGAGUGUGUUCCUGUGUUCCUGUGCAUUAGCUGUGUGGUUUUCGAGGUAUUUAAUUUGCGCGUUUGUGCGUCAGUGAUUGUUUCUUGUGCGUCAGGAAACAAACAUGUGGGUUUUGGUUUUUCUGCACAGUUGAAUGAUCAGUUUUCAGAGGUUAGACAAAUGAGGAACAUCAUCUUAAAACAACAUGUUCCAGACAUGAUGAUGAGGGAUGUUCCCAUCAGCUGUUGUAUAUUUAGUAUCUGUGAUUGCUGAUUCCAGAUCAGUUAAGAAAACACCACAUCCCCUCAGAUUGAUUAGUUUAGAUUAGGAUCCAUAUUUAAGACUGAAUCAAAGGAGGUUUUAAAAUCUGAGCCUCUCUGGUCCUCGUGUUGUUUGCUCAUUGGUUAGACGGUUACAUGAGUGUGGAGUUGACGGGAAUCUCCGGGACACCUGAUGGAAACACUGAGUGGAAGGUUACAGCUGCAUGUCAGUGGAGCUGAGAGGGGGAGUUUAAGGGGGAUCCCACUUCCCAUCCUGAUUUGGACUCCCCCACCCUUCCCUCUUCCCCGUCCUCCCCCUCCUCUUCCUCUGGGUAUCCCCCUCUCUCUCACUGACUCACAGUCUUGUGGUCCGAGUCCCUCGCUGUUGCUUCUCACAACAACUCAAAGCUCCACGGAGUGAUGACACACUACACAGCAGAGGCCAAACCGGCGUGUGUGAGCGCCUUAACCGGGCUGGUCAGGGCGCUGAGGAGACGGCUGAAGGCGCUCAGACGGCUGCUGGUGCAUGCUGGGACAGAGGGUGACUGCCAGAGACCGGGACAGGUUUUUGAUGGUGGUCAGUGGGAGAAACCGGGGCUGGUAAAGAGGAAAAAUGAGGGGACAGUUUUAGGAUGUUGUGGACCGGCUAAACACCCCAACUUGACUGUGAGUAGUCCCCCUGAGUGCGCAUGUGAGUGUGUUUAUAUGUGUGCGCGCAGCUUAUUAGUCUGUUAUGUUAAACUAUAUCACCUAUAUUUGUUCCCUGAGCAAGAACCAAUUUAAGAUGGACUGUCCUGAGAUCUUACAAAUCAUGAAUGCACAUGAAUCAGUGGGCAUUCUUUUUGGAAAUCAUGGAUGUGCUUGUAAAAGAAAUUAAGAUUUGCUCGUUAAAACCACUAAAAUAAAGUGAAAGCAGCCAAUGAAGAUGAACUUAAGUGAAGUAGGAAAUUGUACUGUGGUCUUCCAAAAUAAAAAUGACAUUCUUUUUGGAAAUCAAGGAUGCAUUUGUUGAAAACAGUCGGAACUUUCAAAACCAUUAAAAGAUAGUUAAGAUUGUCAUUUUUAAUAAAAUGAAGCAAAGAGAGAAAUUGUUUUGUUUCAGAAUUUGACAUUCUUUUUGGAAAUCAUGGAUGCGCCUAUGUUAAAAAAAAAAAGGUUGGUUCAUCACCACUUAACUAUAGUGAAAGAAGCCAAUAAGGUUAAACUUAUAAGUAGGAAACUUUACUACGGUCUUCCAAAUUAAAAAUGACAAGAUUGUCGUUUUAGAUGAUUUCAAGCAAAGAGAGAAACCAUCCUGUUUCAGAACUUGACAUUCUUUUUGGAAAUCAUGGAUGCGCUUAUAAAAAAUCAAUAGUCGGAUUCUCAAAACAUCAGUAACAUAUCUGGACAAACACACAUUUAAGAUGGACUGAAGCAAAGUAAAAAACUGUCCUAAAAUCUGAUGAAUCAAAAUAUGUUGGUGGUUUUUUUUUGGAAAUCAUGGAUGCAUUUGUUAAAAAAAGGCUGACCAAUCAAAACUUCAGCGACAUCUCUGGACCAAAACUCGUUUCAGAUGGUUUCAGGUCCUGUGGUCUGUUCUUUUUGGAAAUCAUGUAUGGAUGAGAUUAAAAAACAGAGAAACAAUGACAGGAAUCCAAUCACAUUCUUACAGGAUUGGUUAAAAAGUGAUGUGAUGUGUGUUUUUAUCCUCCUGGAGUGAGGGAGUUCCCAGCCACCUCUCGAACCCUGACUGUAUUUGAAUGACGUCUCUGUCUCUGGCAUCAGAUCAGAGAGCUGCAUAAAGGGUCGGCAGCUCCUCCUCAGACGUUCAGGCUUUUUUACUGCUUGAGUUGGAUUUCAAACGGUGUUUAUGUUGGUGUGAUCAGCUGGUGGUGGUGAGGCGCUAUUUCCCAGAGCAGAUGGCACCCUCGCAGAAAUUUUGCCCUUUUUAUCGUAGUUUAUUCUGGAAAACAGCAGUUGAUACAGCUUCCUUAAAAUCUGCUUUAAGAUCACAGAAAUCAGUGGUGAGAGUGUGAUAUACGUAAGCUGACUGUGUGUGUGUGUGAGAGAGAGAGUGUGAAUGUGUGUAUGUAAGAGGAGUCACAGGAUUCAUGUUACCAACACCCCCGUCCUCUAAAAGACUGACGUGUCCUAAGACAUUUACUGUGAAACUCACACUGCUGGACUGAACUGUAUGGACAACAUGCAAAGAAGUCUAAAGUGUCAGAUCCUGAACUCAAGUCCUGUUUUUUUAAGGUUACUUAAAGCUCCUGUGAGGGUUUUUUCAGCUGAUAAUGAAACGUUAGGAUUGUUUAUUUGACAAACACACAUAAUUCCUGCAGAACUGUCAGUUUCAUGUUUUACCAAUCGUCUUAAAAAUCAUCCUUAAAUCUGGUGAAAAUGCGACCCCAUCUCGGCUUUAAAUCACGACUCUGACUUCAGCAGAAACUCCUCCUGGAUUUCCCGUCUGUGCAGAGGAUUUUCAACGUGUGCAGAGUUUGUGUUAAUAUAAUCUGAUGUGUGUAAUGUGUCCGUCGGGACGUCUGCUGCUGCGAGCAGAGAUGUAUAACAACAUCACACUAAUUCACUCUGUUCGUACGGACUCCUAAUCUGAUCUGACGGAGGACAGACGAUGUGGAGCGUUGCAGAGCUGCUGUGCUGCGUCUCUCCCCGACGGUUUCCAGAGCGAGCUCUUUGGGAGGAGUAUGCUUGUGUGUUUUGGCGGUUAAUACUUCCACAUUUCUGUGAUGACAUGAGGAGGAAAAACUGGAUUUAAAAGUGAAGUGUUUUGGUAAAAUGAAGUUGCUGAAAUGAGAUUUUCACUCAAGUAUUUCGUUUUUUAUGCAACAUCAGAAUUGACCAUUUAUGAGUGUUUGUGUGUUCCCAUGUGGUUUUUGCAUAAUAGACAAUAACAGGUUAGAGAGACAGGUAGCUUUUGAGGUGGUGUGUGUGUGGGCGCAUUAGGUGUACAUGUACAUUAUUGUGUAUAUGUGUGUGUGUAUAUGUGCGUGUGUGUGUGUUGAGAGCACAGGUGCAGGGUUUGCAGUUUUAAUCCUGUGAUUAAGAGGUGCUACAUGAGCAUCCUGUCGCUUCAGCUCUGAUCCUCCAUCUGUAGUCUGACUCACACUGAAACACACACACACACAUGAACACACACACACACACACACACACACACACACACACACACACACACAAAUAUGAAAUGGCCACAUUCCUAAACUCGUCGUCUUUUCAGAAGUCUAUUUUCUCGGCUGGUCUGCGGAGUCAGAGCUGUUUUUGUUUUGUGAUCAGCUGUUUGCUGUUUUCAGUACGAGCUGCCUUCAGAUCUGUCAUGACAGAAAAUCUCAUUUACAAACAGCGUGAUGUCCCGUAUUUGUGGCUGUGGAAAUGCAGCGAGGACGGCGUGUUUCUGUGCAUGAUGAGCUGAGAGGAAGCAGAGAAAUAUUCAGCCAGGUUUUGCUGAAUCAAUAAAACUAUUAUCCGUAUUAUGUCCAAAGUUUAACUUUAGUUUUCGGAGGAUGUGUUUGAAACUUUUUCUGAGCGGCACAGAAUUAAGAGCCAAAAAGCUCAGAGCAAGUUUUGACCUCAGUGACCUUCCAGUGUUGUGCAGGCUUUAAAUCAGUAAGGCAGUAAAUCAGAGAAGCUCCAGAGUUUUGAUAUCAUGAACCACAAACUCAGAAAGAAAUCUGAGUUUAAAAUCUGCAGGGUUUCCAUUUCUUGCUGCUUCAGCAUUUAUAGGUUCAUAUUUCUGCAUUUUCUUAUCGUUAGAGAUGCACAGAUUGGCAGAACUUCAGUAUUCGGCCUGUUGACAGUCAGUGACAAAUCAACAAAUACUGAGCCAUGCAUGGAUGUCAGGAGCUGUUCUUUGUCUGUUGUUUUGCACCGACUUAAUAACUUUUUCUGUCUCCUCUUAAAUCAAUCUUAUUUACAGUUAUUAUUAUGUCUGAUAGUCGUCGUAUCCUGCGUUUAAUUCUUAACUCUGAACUUCAAAACUAACACAACAGAGUGGCAUCAUUCUGAUCUCCUCAGCUCAACUCUUUAAUACGGUGGCCGAGAACCGCCACUGCUGCAAAAAAGAAAGAAGCCACAACAGAAGUUACUGAUGCGAAAAAAAAAGAAACUGGAGCCCACUGCAAACAAACAAACAAACAAAAAAACGGUGUAGAUUAAAAAAAAUAAGCCACAACAGAAGUUAAUGACACAAGAAAAGUGGCGAUGCAAAAAAAAAAUACUGUAAAAAAAAACUUGGCCACUGUACUAAAAAGUGGAGCUGAGGAGAUCAGAAUGAUGCCACUCUGUCGUGUUAGUUUCAAAGUUCAGUCUUUUUUUCCCUUUUUUUUUGCGUCGUUAUUUUCUGUUGUGGCUUUUUUAAAAAUCUGCACCGUGUCUUUUUUUAUUUGCAGUGUGCUUAGGUUUUUUUUCUUUUUUCAUCAGUAACUUCAGUGGUGGCUUCUUUUUUUUUUUUUUUUGCAUUCUUUUAUUUCCGCAGUAAGUACCUUUUUUUUUUUUGCAUCACCACUUUUUUGCGUCAUUAACUUCUGUUGUGGCUUUUUUGUUUUUUAUUUGCACCUUUUUUUGUUUGUUUGUUUGCAGCAGGCUUCGGUUCCUUUUUUGCAUCUGGUUUCUUUAUUUCUGCUUUCUUUUUAUUUGCAGCAGUGGCGGUUCUCGGCCAUCUUAAAAUAAGGACAAAAAAAAGGUGCAAAAUAACAAAAUAAAAUUGAAAAGGUAAAACUGCCUGAAAGGUUAACAAGAAAAUUUCUAUCAGGAGAACAUUAGUAGGAAAAAGACAAUGAGGAGCAGAUGCAGGCUUUUAUUUUGAAAGGCCACAGCUGUUCAUCGAGCUGACAUCUGUAAAUAUUCCUAGAAAGCAGAUUCAGACUCUAAUCUACUCCGACUCGUUUUCUCAUAUUUGCGUGUGAAAUAGCAAACUUUUUAAUUAGAGCCGUGCAUUGUCAGUUUUUCUUCCUUCAGGGCUUCACGUGUGUCUGCAGCUCCUCCCUCUUCAGUUUUAUCCCAUGAGUGAGAGAGAAGUGCAAACCAGAGAGGAGAGGUGAGAACGGUCCAAAUAAAGAUAGAAAGAGAGGAAGGAGGAGGAGGGAUCCAGGGGAAGGAAAGGAGGGAGGGAGGGAGGGAGGAAGUCUCCGAGGGAGAGAGAAAACGGGUGAGAGAGGUAGACGCAGAGUGAGGGAGAGAGAGAGAGAGGAAGGAGUGUCAGGGACGAGCAGAAGCCGGCUGCAUCCUGUAGUCUCACAGUUGAUGCUCAGGAGCAUGUUAGCACCACGCAGCCUCGCCCGCCGCCAGGACUACAGGACCCACAAUGCACUGGGAUACUCGCCAGCCAGCAGGUCACCCACCUGGGAGAUACAGGUACAGAGGGAGGGGGAAGCGGAGCAGUCAGAGAGGGAUGGAAAAGAGAGAGAGAGGGAGGAGGAGAGGGGGGAAAGAUUCAGGGGUGCAGAUGAGAGCCGAGCAGAGAGGAUGAUGGGAAAUGUGUCCACCUGCUCACUUAUCUGAACUCUGAGCUCAUUAAAAAAGAGCGAUGAAGGAUGCUGUAGAGAAAGGAUGGAGCCACACACACUCACACACACACACACACACACACACACACACAGUAUGGUAUCAUUAGUCACUCAGCUACAGCGGGAAGCAGGUAUCGGGGGUGGAUCCAUGACAACUGUGCAUCCUGAAAUGUGUGUCUCCUUAAGUGUGUGUGUGUGUGUGAGUGUGUGUGUGUGUGAGUGUUGUGGUUUCCCGCUGAGCAGAUGACGAGUGUUCGGGCACCCUGCUCAACCUGUCUGUGAUUCACGCAGAUGAUCAGACUGGAGGGAAACAGGCUCCAAAAUCCUCCUGCUGCUCCUGCUUCAGUUUACUCCUGGAUACACCUGAAGCUUUAUAUGAACCACAUUUCCCACAAUGCCUUUCGUUGCAGAGGACAUGCCUGUACUUGCUCCUUUUCGCCUCAUUGUUUUGACUGUUUGGGGGACGGAAAAGCUGUAGAUCAGAAAAAAUUACACUUGUGUUAGUCACUCAGACCCCGCCCUGUCAUGUGACUCACUUUCUGCAAUGCAUUCUGGUCUCUGUAGGAUGAAACAGGUCCUGAAAUUUGUGAAAGUAGCUGUAAAUGACAAACUUUCACCAACACCGAAAGUCAUACAUGAUUCCUUAAAUUCAGUCAGAAACUCGUCCUACACCUUUCAACCGAGUCUAAUGAAAUCUGAUUAAACCUGCAGAAAAACUUCACAAAAACGAUCGCCUCUUUAAUUCAUUGAUAAAAUAAGAUAAUAAUGAUUUUGUUGGUGUGUUACAGGAUGACGUGCCGAUCAAAGAGAUCAACAUCACAAGCCUCGUGAAGGAGGGAUCAGAAAAGGCCGACCCCCGACAGUUCGAGCUGCGCAAAGUUCUGGGACAGGGAUCCUUUGGCAAGGUACCUCUAUGUGUGUGUGUGUGUGUGUGUGUAUUUUUUUGAAGUGCUUGUGUGAGUGGGCACGAGUGUGUGCCUAAGCGUGGGUUUCAUUUCCACUCAGCUCCCUGUAAUGUUUCCUGAGUGGCUGUGUUUAAGAGCGUGUUGCCUCAGAGACGGCGAGCUGAGGGCUCUACACUCGGGCUGAGUAUCAUCGUUUUUAUGAAUGAAAGGAAGCUCCUGCGACGUAUGUGUGGUUGUGUUUUUGUAUGUGUUUAGUCAUUUACAUGUUCUUGACCCAGAAAAAUUGGCCGAUGUAAACAAACAAACUCAGACACAAACGCAAAAUUAAGAGUUCAUUAAAUAAUCAAAAUACGCUCCGGCGCUCAGGACCGUGCUCAGACUUUUUUAAGUGUUGCUGUCCAAUUAAAGCGAGGAGAGAUGCAGAGGGUCAGGGUACGGAUGAAGUUAGUCUCCAUAUUUUUCUGAAUUCUGUUUUUUUGAUGGCAUAAUCUACUGCUUUGAAAUGUCACUUUUUAGUAAUCUUUGUUUCCUUUUAUAUUUUUAUGACUUUUGUAAUGAUUUUUCAAUUUCGUCAGUGUCUCAUGUUAAUAAAGUCGUAAAAACAGUCAUUUUCUCAUGUAAGUACGGUCAUGAAACUGUAAAUUUCUCAUAUGAAAGGGUUGUUUAACAGUAAUUUCCUAACAUAAACACACUCGUAAAAACGGUCAUUUUCUCAUGUGAAUAGAAUCACAAAAAAAGGCAUUUUCUCAUGCAAAUACAGUUGGUAAACAGUCAAUCCGCAUGUGAAAAAAGGUUAUUUAACAGUCAUAUUUCUCAAUCAAUUAGACAUUGACAGUCUUUUCUCAUGUAAAUACAGUUGAAAAAUGUUUUUGUAAUGAGAAAACAGUCGUAGAAAGUCAUUUUUCUCAUGUAAAUACAGUCAUAACAAGUCAUUUUCUCAUUUAAAUACAGUCUAUAAUUUUUAAUAUUUCCAAUUCCAAUUAUUUGCAGUAAUUUUACUAUUAGGUCUUUGUGUGUCUCAAGGUGUUUUUGGUGAGGAAGAUCACAGGACCAGAUGCAGGUCAGCUGUACGCCAUGAAAGUCCUGAAGAAAGCCACACUCAAAGGUAUGAAAAAGGACAUUUUUAAGUCUUGAUUUUAUUUUACUUUCACAGCCUCCUCCUCAAGUUUCCAAAGUUUCCUAUUAACACGUCCCUCACUGCUUCACCUGUCGAUCAGGAGAGGUGAGGCGUGUCAGAAAGUGGACACUGCAUGAGUCAGACCUAUGAUGUCUACAAAUUAUCCAAGAUGGUGGGCGAAACAGUCUCUGUUACUAUGGCGACUGUUUUUGCCCUCAUAGAAAUGCUGAAUGAGUAGAGACGUGCAGGGCUCCCACAGAUCCUUAAAAUGAUGAAGUCUUCUUUCUCUCCUGUGAGAGGACUUCUCAGGUGUGACGUGUGUGUAGUCAGGAUGAAACCGACUAAGUCUAGAUAAUGUUUGUGCAGAGUUUUAUCUUUUUUAAUAACUAAGCUUUCUUUGUCAAGCUUUCUGAUCCACGUUUCACAGUUGCCUGUUGACACUGUGGCAAAAAAUGCUCAUUUCCUUGACCUUUGAGACCUGCUUACUUUACACGAUCCCCCACUUGUACUUAGUAAAGACCUGAUAGAAAAAUACUCAAAAGGCUUUUUGCUUUAAGACAAAUCUUUUGAGUACUGCUUUUAUUCCGUCACGACCAGGCAGAUAGAGCCUCAGACUAAAGACGAUUGUCCUUCUGAACUCCUUUAAUUUGAGCGAAAAGGUCGAGUAUAUCUCAUAUUUGUCCAAAGGUCGGUAUCUCUCAGGUAGGAAAUCGUUCGCGGGUCGGUUCAGAGCGUGUUUGCUCAGCCGUCAUCGCCCAAAAAUGGAAUUUCACACCUCAACAUGAGACCAGAGUGACUGAAAGCUGAUGAGGUGUAUGAAGAGAGGAGGACAUGAUGUGUUCAGUUCAAGUCAAACGCCAUCUGCUGGUGGAAAGAAACACAUCACACUCUCUCAUACUCUUCUUUUUUUUCUCUCUCUUCUCUUUGACUCAUAUUUCUGUCGUUUUUCCUUCUUGUUGAUUCUUACCCCUCUCCCUGAUAUGCCGUUACUCAUCAGCUGCUCUCUGGGAGUCUCUCCAGUCUAAAUAAAACCAAAUAAGGGAGUCUGUUUUAUUUUGGCGCUUCACUUAUCUUCUGAUUUAUGUGUUUUUCCACUCUGUGUGUGUGUUUCCAGUGCGUGACCGAGUCAGGACAAAGAUGGAGAGAGACAUCCUUGUGGAGGUCAACCAUCCCUUCAUCGUCAAGCUGCACUACGGUGAGUCAACCAAUGACAGACCUCCCAUGAUGAGUCACCAACGCAGCGGCCAAUGAGAGCUGAUCAUUCCACUUUUAGCAGGCGACUGACCUUUCCGUGGAAAGUGACUUUUUCGUCAUUUAAAACUUUUUCUCCUUCAGCCUUUCAGACGGAGGGGAAGCUCUACCUGAUCCUGGACUUCCUCAGAGGAGGAGAUCUCUUCACUCGCCUCUCUAAGGAGGUAGCACCUCACAGACAGUGGUCCACAAAGAGAAAGACUUUCUACUAUCAGGGUUUUUGAUUUUCCUGCCAGUUUGUCAUGUUUUUAUUAACUCUGAUCACGUGUGUUUCAGGUGAUGUUCACGGAAGAAGACGUGAAGUUUUACCUGGCAGAGCUCGCUCUCGCCCUCGAUCACCUUCACAGCCUCGGCAUCAUUUACAGAGACCUCAAACCAGAGAAGUAGGAACACUCACACACUUACAUACUUACUCUCUAAUGUGACCAACAGGGGACUAUCAGUUUAUCCUAACCAAGUGGACCCUCAACAUGAUUUCAAGAUUCAAGAUUUGUUUAUUUGUCAUGUGCAUGUUAAACAAGGUCAACAAUUUCAAUGAAAUGCCCUGGAUGAGAGGACCGCUCGACUCAAAGAAGUACAGAUAAAACACACAAUAAGUACUGAGAGGUACAAUAAAAAAAUAAGGAUUCAUAAAUAUAUAUAUAUGUUAAAGGUGAAUAAAGUAUAAGAGAAAUAUCUACAAAGUGCACAAGCGAUGCAGUAGAUUCUGAGCGUGAAUGUACAAAAUGGAGGAUAAGUCGGUGGGAUAAAUGAGGUAUGAAAACUGUCAUAUUGCACCUGAUAAAUAAUAAUAUAAUAGUUAAGUAUGUUAUUGCACAGAGUAGAGUGCCCAACAAAAAACUAAUUCUUCAUGGUGUUGACAAAAGAGUGCAGGGACGGUGUUAUCUCUGUGUUUUCAGCAUCAUCCUUGUUUUAUUUCUGUUCCGUCUCAUUUUAAAGAUUUACAAACCCCCGUCAUGUUAAAACAUCCCAAAAUUCUGACUCAAAAAGUUGACCUCAUUGAGCCGUAAUUUAGCAGAAAAAGCUAAAAGACUUGGUCAUUCGCAGACCUAUUGGUCUCUGUGCAGUUUAAGUGAAAACCCUUCAAAGGGCUUCAUAAUAAUGCAGGUUUAAUCGGCGGUCCCCACUUAGUGAUUGUGCAUAAAAGCUGAAGUCCCCUGUUGGAUGGGUAUACAAGUAGGGUGUACACACUGCAUUAUAAAAUUUUGCUUACAGACAUUUCCUCCAGAAUAUAAAACCCUCAUUUCUGCCUUUUCAGCAUCCUGCUCGAUGAGGAGGGGCACAUCAAGCUGACUGGUGGGUAAUAUUACACCUGUUCUUUGUACUUGGUGUAUUUUUGUGUUAGUGUGUGUGUGCGUGUGUGUGUUUUCUUCAGGCCUCCGCUGAUAAACUCCAUUAUCUCUGAUUUCUGUCUGCGUGUGUUCAGACUUUGGCCUCAGUAAGGAGUCCAUCGACCACGAGAAUAAGGCCUACUCCUUCUGUGGGACGGUGGAGUACAUGGCUCCUGAGGUGGUGAACAGACGGGGUCACACGCAGAGCGCCGACUGGUGGUCGUACGGGGUACUGAUGGUGAGAGGACGCUGCUUAUCUACUCUGUUUUGGUUGCAACUGUAACAAAAACUAGCACAAUACCAAAAACGGAUGAUAAUCGAAAGAGCUUCACGGUUGCAUAAAAACUGCACAUUGUGGACUCUGAUGGAACUCUUCAUGUAAGACCACUUUUGACCCCAAAAAACAGAAUUUUUUAAACUAACUUUUUAAUAACUAAGCAUGGAGAGUUGAUACAUGUGAUGUGAACUGCCAAACUUUUGAGCUGCUGUCCUAAAUAGACUAAAUAUAACAUCUUACAGCCAAUGUAACACUGAUUUUGCUCAGGUUCUAGGUGUGUAAAAUAUCAAUGACGGUGUGUCCUUCCUUUCUCUCAGUUUGAGAUGCUGACGGGAACGCUUCCGUUUCAAGGCAAAGACCGGAAAGAGACGAUGACCAUGAUCCUGAAGUAAGACUCCCUCCGUACUGUCCGUGCACUCACAUCCUCACAUCCUCACAGCUUAUAUUACAGCCCACAUUAGAGAGGAGCAGGCAGAUGCUCCUCUAUCACUCCAUCCUCCUCUCACAGAGUCAGCCCAGGGGGAGGUGGAGGAUUUAUAUUCGAGGAGAUUUAGCGCAGCACUCAGGAGGAAGAGGAAAGGACAGAGGAAAGGACAGAGAAGAGACAGUGAGGGAAGGAGUCACAUGAGAGAGAAUUAAAAAACAGUUCAGAGGAAAUAUUAACUCCUCCUGCUCUCUCUCUCUCUCUGUGGUCUCUCUUCACUCUGUCUUUCAAAUAAUGCUGAGUCGGCUCUCUGCAGACUGCUGAGUGUGUUUCCUGUAUUUGUGUGUGUGUGUCAUCUACUCUUUCAGAUACAUACAGUUCGAAAAGAAACCUGUUUUGACUUUUGUUUCUGAGCUUUAUGUGUUUGUUUUCCUGCAGGGCCAAGCUCGGGAUGCCUCAGUUUUUAAGCUCAGAAGCUCAGAGUCUCCUGAGGAACCUCUUCAAACGUAACCCUGCAAACAGAUUAGGUAAAAACUGGUUUAUAAUAUUUUUCAUGCAUGAAAAUAAAACAAAACAAACACAGUGAAGGUCAGCGGGGAUGCAACUCAUCAUUUUUGGAAGUUUAUUCUGCAAGUUGAAGUUUAUUUUUUGGUUAAAAUGAUGAGCAUGUGUUUCCAAACAAUCUGAUCAAUGAGAUUAAUCUGAUCCAAUCUGAUCCGCUUUAUUUAUACAACACAUUAUAAAAAACAUUUAAGUUCGCCAAAGUGCUGCACAGUAAAAUUUAAAAAGAAAACAGACAUAAAAGCAGGUAAAAAAAAAAUAAAAACAUUUCAAAUGAAAUAAAUUCACAAAAGCAUAAAAGAAAUAAAAGUGAUAAAAGGACAAUAAAAAGACAUAAAAGGACAGUAAUCACACAACUCUCAUGCUGAGCUAAAAGCCAAGGGAUAAAAAUGAGUUUUAAGACGUGAUUUAAAAGUAGAAAGUGUGGGGAAUGUUUUGAUCUUGAGUGGCAAUUCGUUCCAUCCGCCGCUGAAAAUAGUCCCUGAAGAAACAUGAUGGGCUCUAUUUUCGUGCCCGCCGGCAGCGUGGCAGGGGGUGGCGGAACCCUCGCAGUGGUAUUUUCGUCUGGCGGAGCCCGGUGUACAGCCAGUUUGGUAUUUUCAUAGACUGAGGCGCACCGAGAUCCAUCAAGCUGGGCGUGGUGGUGCGACACUUGUUGAGGGGCUGCCUUCUGUCGCCAUCGUGUGGCAUUGCUGUCUUCAGCCAUCUCUUGAUCUCUUUGACUACUUCACGAAAACUGUAAUACGCCUCGCCCUCUCUACGACUUACGCCGGUGAGAGGAGGUGAGUUAGGGAGGGGGGAUACUUACGCCGGGCUGUGCCGCUCACCAAAAUACCAAAAUGUGCUUGGGCAUGCUUUGCUGGCGCGGCAGACCUGACUUAUGCCACGCCCACGCCACCCCGCCGGUGAGGAACGAAAAUAGAGCCUGAUAUCUUUUUUUGUUUUGUUUGUCUUCAGGAGCCGGACCUGAUGGUGUGGAGGAGAUCAAGAGGCAUCAGUUUUUCAGCACCAUCGACUGGAACGUACGCUCUUCAUUUACCAAGCUCUGAACAAAAUAUUCCGCUUAAUUUAAUCAUUUUAUUUCACUUUCUGAUGUUUUUUCCUCCUUGCAGAAACUCUUCCGCAGAGAGCUCCACCCUCCCUUCAAACCGGCUGCAGGCCGACCUGACGACACUUUCUAUUUUGAUCCGGAGUUCACGGCUAAGACACCCAGAGGUACCGACUGUCACCUCCUCCUCCGCCUCUCCUCCCACUUCCUCUCCUCUGUCUUACACUCACACUCUGAAUCAAAUCCACGCUGUGUCGAGUGCUCUGGACCGACAUCUGUUCUGCGUUUGUGUCUCAGACUCUCCAGGUGUUCCUCCCAGUGCCAACGCCCAUCAGCUGUUCAGAGGAUUCAGUUUUGUGGCGAUAACAGAAGAGGACACGCAACCGAUGCCCAAGACCAUCGUUCAGGUACACACGCGAACGAUAAACAUACGAAACUGUGUGUUGGUUUUGUGGAGACACAGUUUCUCCUUUUGGUUUUUGAAGUACCUAAAAGGAGCAAAAUCACGUUGCUCUUUGUGUUCUUGCCUCCAGCAGCUGCACAGAAGUACAUCCCAGUUUUCUGACCUCUACGAGAUUAAAGAAGACAUCGGCGUCGGCUCGUACUCCAUCUGUAAACGCGCCGUACACAAAGGAACCGGCAUGGAGUACGCAGUCAAGGUAACCAAACACAAACGCCUGCUCUGUCCGCACCACUCUGUCCUUCUAUUACUACAAACUCUGAUUCGGUCUCUGUUUUAGAUCAUCAGCAAGUCCAAAAGAGACCCGACGGAGGAGGUGGAGAUCCUGCUGAGAUACGGACAACAUCCGAACAUCAUCACCCUCAAAGAUGUGAGUCACGUGAUCUUAAUCAGACGAGUUUGUCUUUAAGGGAACUGUCCGUGUAGCUGCUGGACUCCACUAUCAUCUCUCUGUGUUUUGCUCACAGCUUUAGUUUGGUGGGGGUUUAUUUGGGGGAUGACUCACUCUUAAUGAGAGUUAUAAAUAUCAGCCUGCUGCUGGGUGAAAACUCGCUCACUUGCAUCACUUCCAGGACUGAUAAUAUCUGCGCUCAUCUUCGGUCCCUUUGUUGAAAAAAAAAAAAGCUGUUAGAGAUGAUUCAGCGUCUUGUCAAAGAUUAUAAAUAAAGAACCCGUUUGUUAUUUACACGGGAUUCUGGUUUCAGUGUCGCUGCCGUAUUUCUAUGAGCAUCUGUUCUCUUUUCAUCUUCGAUUCCUCUGAUUUGGACGGAGGAAGAUUUUCUUUUUUAUCAAGUUAAAACAACAAAAAGUCAAAGUGGGGGCACUUUCAGGGGAAAAUAAUAUAGAUAAAUCUUUUAAAAGGUUCAUUUUCCAACAGGUUAGUAACAUGACGUCCCUCAGAGGUUCACCGCUCUGUGAGAGACUGCGUGAGCUGAUAGUUUAACCAGUGUUGGGAAAGUUCAUUUUCUACCUGAACUAGUUCAAAGUUCAGUUCAUCGUUCAUAAUUCCACAUUUGGAACGUGAGUUUAUGGUUCCCAAAAAUGAAAUAAUUUAGUCUUUUUCAUUCUCCAGUACUUUGCUGUAAGCGAGUAUUUGUCAAGAUUUUUUACAGAGCCCUUAUAGAACCACAGACAGUGAUUAUUUUAGCUGUUUUAACACUGAAACUAUGUCAGAUUAAUCUUCAUAUCCAUUUUUGAAUCCUAAUCCAACAGGUUUACAACAUUGAGAGGACAGUCCUCAGAAUACCGGUGUUUCCCUGAUGUUUAGUUCAGUCCUCACUCGUAAGAACGUUCAUCUCUAGAGUUUAAUUUCAUAAACAUGAGGAAAACCUGCUGCUUGAAGGGUUUUUAGACUCUUUAUUAUGAUUACAACAACAGGACUGUCGGCUUUAAGGUUUUUCAUUUCUAUACUUUUCCAAAUCGACCUUGAAACAAUUCACAUCAAAUUUCAUUUCAGUCAGACUGAAAAGAAACCAGAACAAAUACUGGAAAUAACAACAAUAAUAACAAUAAAUGCUCAUACAGCAGCUAGUGCUACCUCCCUCGUCCAUCAUGUUUACUGAAAUUGUGACGACUGACGUAUUAAUUGGAGCGACAGACAGGCUGCUUGUGGUUUCCAGAUUGGGUGGCUUUCCACUAAAUAUUAAGGCUUGUUUACAGAGUGUUUUAGCCGGGGUUUUGAAGGCUCUGGACAUCUGGCACACUUGUGAACGGAGUUGAGAACGCCGCUCACAGACGCCAGAAUGAGCGUGUUCAACACCAACGAGUUCAUACGCAAAUAAAGAACGAGUUAGGACACAACACUGAGUUUGACAGUUUCAGAAUAAAGUGUCUGAGUGUGAAUGAGUGGAUCUCAUCGUCUACAGAAUGUAACAUCAUUAAAACAUUCAGAGAGUCUGGAAAAGAGACUCUGAAACCCAGAGGCUUUAUGAACAGACAUGACUCUGUAGUGGAAAUCACCGCAUGGACUCAAAAUCAAAAUGAAGACUGAAUGUUCAGCUGAGAGUCUUUGUUAAAUGUGUUUAAGAAGAGACAUGUUUUUUUUUUUUUAUCUGUAUUUGAGAAAGUUUGUGUGACUCAUCUUCUGCCCAAAGUCCUCUCACUGCAUGUUUAAUGACUCUGACGCCACAGAUAUCCAGAGCUGUCAGAUCUGAAGCUGUGGUAUUGUCUAGAAAUCUAUAAUAAAUGAGAACACGGAGUAAUUCACUGACUGAAGUGUUGUUUGUGUGAUGUUGGUGACGCAGGUGUACGAUGACGGCCGGUCUGUGUUUCUUGUGACGGAGCUGAUGAAGGGAGGAGAGCUGCUGGAUAAAAUCCUCCGACAGAAGUUUUUCUCUGAGCGAGAAGCCAGCGCUGUUCUCUACACCAUCACCAAGACCGUGGAGUAUUUACACGUACAAGGGGUACGAUCUGACGCCGACGAUGUGGAGUGGAAGUUCAACACAAAGAUACUUUCUAAACAAUCUUAAAUCUGAGGGACCAAAGUUGAUAUCGUUUUGUAUUUCCUUUUAUCCUUUUUUGUCCCUGACUCUUCUUCUCUGUCUUGGUUUCAGGUGGUUCACAGAGACCUGAAGCCGAGUAACAUCCUCUAUGUGGACGAGAGCGGGAACGCCGAGUCCAUCAGGAUCUGCGACUUUGGUUUUGCCAAACAGCUGAGAGCUGAGAACGGUCUGCUCAUGACGCCGUGUUACACCGCGAACUUUGUGGCCCCGGAGGUACGACAUCCAGAUCGUUCAUCUCCUUUUCUUUUGUUUGUUUCCACCAAUCAGGGCCUUUCAUUUCGUCUGCUGUCUGUGGUUGUUAGGUUUCAUAAACAUCUUUAGAUAUCAGCCGCGUAAACAAGAGCGCAGCCGUCAGGUGUUCAUAAGAACCUGUAAGGUUGAGACGUCAGCAUCCAGGAGGUGUUGAAGCUGUGUGAGAGAAAAACAGAACAGCUGUUUGAUUAAACGCAGCGAAAAACACUAAACUGUUGUUCUCCUUCUGACAGGUGUUGAAGAAGCAGGGUUACGAUGCCGCCUGUGACAUCUGGAGUCUGGGCGUCCUGCUCUACACGAUGCUAACAGGGUGGGUGGAAAUAAAAAUACAUGAAAACCGUGUAGCCGUAAGAAGACUGUGAUUCCUCUGUGGAGGUCUGAUCAUGAACUUCCUCUCCAUUUUCAGGUUCACUCCCUUCGCUAACGGUCCCGAGGACACGCCGGAGGAGAUUCUGGCUCGGAUCGGCAGCGGGAAGUUUUCCCUCACUGGAGGAUACUGGAACUCUGUGUCGUCUGAGGCCAAGGUGAGAAACAACCAAGUUUUUAAUUCUUUCUUGACUUUCUCUGUUUGUUUUUAAACCUUCAAAAUAUGAAUCCUUCUAAAUGUUCAGCAGAUUGUUAAACUUUGACCUCGUUUUACAGGCAAACGUUGUACUUUUUAACCCGCUACAAAUUCCUGUCAGUUUAGUUAAAGGUCAGAAAGAGCGGACCGCUCAAAAAAUUUAAACUAAAACUACACAGACACAACAAAACACAGAGAUAUCGUUAUAUUACCAAAUGUCAUCAAUAACUGAUAACUAUUGACUGAUAUUAAAAGCUUUUUUGUUUAUACACCACAAACAAAGAUUCUGCUUUAACAGAUUCCUGCCUACCCUACUUUUAACUCUAAAAUAAAACAUUAAAUUCUUCUUCUCGUCAGGUAAAAGUCGAUCACCUCUGUGUUUUUACUUCUUGAUUUCUUAAAAUACAGAAACUUUUAAAAGGGUAAAAACAUCUUUUACAAACCAUAAAAAGUCUCCUGAAUAGAGAUUUGUAUUUCAGGGAUGUGCUUCAUGUCGAACAAACGAGUCGGACUAACUUUCCACUUACUGUUCAGUUUGUUUUGAAAUGAUAAUCUUUGUCUUAAACCGUCAAAACCACAAAAGAUAAAUUUAAUCUUAAUCUGGAAAAUGAAUCAUUACGAGCGCAAACACGGUCUGCUGACAGCACACCGCUGAUGAGUCAAAACCAUCGGAGAUAAAAGUCGACAAAAACAUCAACAUAGAGACCUGAAAACAUAAAGGUUCCAGUUUUCCGUCGCUGUCUCACUGAAAAUAUAAAAUAUCUGAUAGUUGAACUCGAUCAGGAGGCGUUUCCGUUCAGUUUAACCUUUUUCACUUUGAAAUAAAACAGCUCGUCGUUUUAUUUCUAAACCCCAGACUCAAAUGAAGGAUCUGACUUUUAUAGAAGAAUUCAUUGACCCUGACCUCUGACCCUCUUAGGACCUGGUAUCAAAGAUGCUGCAUGUGGACCCUCACCGGCGGCUGACAGCAGGUCAGGUCCUCAGACACCCCUGGGUGACGCACAGAGACCAGCUGCCCAAAUACACACUGAACCGACACGACGAGCCCAACCUGGUGAAGGUUUGUCUCCGCACAGAUUUGAUAUUUUACUGCUUACAGAAUAAUUUCAAAAUAAAAGCUCGAGUCCCUCUGCGGUGUCUCUGUUGCUCGCCGUACUCUGACCCUCUCUGCGUCUUCUCCUCAGGGCGCGAUGGCGGCGACGUACUCGGCCCUGAACAGGAACGUCCCUCCGGUCCUGGAGCCGGUCGGCUGCUCCACUCUGGCCCAGCGGAGAGGCAUCAAGAAGAUCACCUCCACCGCUCUGUGACCUUUAACCUCCCUCCCUCCCUCCUCCUCAACUCUGACCUCGACCUGACCUCCGCCGGGCCACCCCCCUCCUCUCUGACUCCCUCUCUGGUCCGGUGGGACAGACUACUGAUGAACCCAGGAACCGCUUACGCCAAAUAGGAACGCAGAGACCACUCCCACGCCCACCCUCCUCCUCCUCCCUGUCAGGUCCUGCACCUUAACGGACUCCUCUGAUUGGUGGUUGAGAACCCAUCGUCUUUGCUUCGGACAAUCAGUGCGGCGCUAGGAAAACAAAAGUACUGUAUUUAUUUCCUUCAGAGGGGCGAGUGUGACCACGGGAACACGGUAAUCUCAUGUAUGCAUUUAAAGAGCUAGGAUCAUUGUUAUUCUGCUGUCGUCAUGGUUCUGCGUAGCUGUAGAUCCUGUAUUUAAACCUCAAGUAGCCUCUGAGAUGACGGCGUCGACGGAGAAGGACAGAAGGCGUGACUGAACGUCAAAGAGAAAAGAAGGAAUUCAAAGCAUUUACUCAAAGUUCGGCUCAGAAAAAAGUCUUUACAUCUCACACUUCCAGUAUUUUUACUUUGAGCUGCAAAAAAAACGAGACAAAAACAGAUGGAAGUUUGUUCCUCUCAGACUUUAUUUUGAGGGUCCAACAGUUUGUUCAUGAAUCAAGCAGUCUGUUCAGGAAGUUGAUGCCAACCUUAGGAACGAAAUCAGACUUUAACCCUUUCAGGUUUAACGAAUACUCACACCUCAAGAGUGUGAUAUUUCAGUAUUAUCCAGAGCUCUGAGCUGAUGAAAAAUAUGCAAAUAUAAAAUUGAACUUCAAAGAAAGGUGCUUACUGGAGUUUCAGGAGGUGAAAGAAGUCAUUAGGGACUAUUUUCUGCUGCGGAUGAAUCCACGUUAACCCAGAAGAAGAGGCGGAUAUAUCAGGCUUUGACUUUGAGUCAAUUAGCAGCACAUUUCGUCAACAUACAGAUUCAUGUUGAAGGUUCAGGGUAGUUUAUUUGUGCGCACAGGUAGAUGUGGUUUUCACCUCAUUAGACAGAAACAGUGAUGGUUAAACAGAGAAUUUAAGUAAAAUAAAUCAUCAUCCAAUAAAAAAAAACAAUAAAUAAAAGUGAGUUAAAUGUGCCGUCAGUGACAACAAGAGAAAAAGAGACAACAGAGAGAGAAAACUGAAGGAUUAAACCAACAAAUACUACAAAAAUACUGGAGUUUGGUGCUUAGGAAAAAAAACUCUUAAAGGGAUAUCCUUCAGUUUGACUUUUAUAACAUCUUCAGGCACAUUAAAGGUCCUUUAGUUAUCAGUUUCUCAUCAUUUUCACUUAAAUCAGAGUCAGCUGUUACACAUUUGGUUUUAAAGCUGCAUACCAGGCAUCUGUACGAUUUGUGGCGCCCUCUGGUGGAAAUAAGAGGAAUUAUAUUCUUUUCUCUUGGGGUAUUUUAGAGAAGUUUGUGUCUUCUUCACAGUCUGUCUGAUCUCAAACUGUUGGACUCUCUCCUUCAAAACAAGCUUCAAAUGCCGAUCUUCCUGCAGACACGCAGAGGAAACAUCAGCCUCUGACCUUCUCCUGUACGAGCUGAAUGAUCGUCUCUGUGCGAGCAGCAGACGGGAGCUAAACUGUAAAUAUUUAAACAUGUACGAGCAAAAAAAACUCAGGUUUCUAUGAAUCAAGACAAUGCAUUUUUAUACGUGGAGCUGAGGAGACAAGUGUAAAUAAAAGCACACAGGCAUGAGCGACAGGAGGAGAGCAUUUAUCAGACGAAAGAAAGUUUUAUUCCACAUGUUGUCUCGUCUCCAAGUCUUCCUGAAACAUUGGUUGUUGUUUUUUUUUCUAUGUUUGUCACUCAGAAAGUCUUCUGUCUGCAAAACCCUUUAAAGAAACUCAGAUGUGUAGCAGAAAAACGAACAGUUCGAAACAUUCCAGCUGAAGCAUUUGAAGCUUCAGAUACACUCAGACCUGUGGAGGCCGUGUUGGAGGUUCAGGAGACAGUUGGUUUGGACAGAGUAUCAGGGCAACCGGUGAGAAAAAAAUUUACUUCAUGAGAAAAUAGUAAGAAUUAAGAAACAAAUCAGACGUUCAAGGUCCAGAUUUGAGUCCAGGAGGCUGCAUGAGUAAGUUUAGUAAGUUUCACUGUUACUCUCUAAAACCUACGACCUCAGUCUCACAACUUUACCACCUGAAUCUCCUAAAUUUAUGACGGAGAUCAUGUUCAUUUUCUUCUUAAUCUUAUAAUUUUACAACAUUUAUUUUGAAAGUUUACAACUUUACAUGCUUGUCGAUUAACAACUCUCACAUAAUAGAUUUAUGACUUAAGUCUGCUGUAAUAGUUACAUCCUCAUCUGUAAAUUUACAACUUUAAAUUUGUAGAUUUACAAUGUAAAUGUCAUAAAUACACAAUUUUUAAUCACGUGAAUUUACGACUAUUAUCUUGUAAAUGUACGACAUAAAUCCCAUAAAUUUGAAACUCUAUAAUUGAGACAUAAACUCUGUAAAUUAACAACAAUUAUCAAGUAAAUUCACGACUUCAAUCUUAUAAUUUUACAACAUUCAUUUUGGAAGUUUACAACUUUACAUGCUUGUCGAUUAACAACUCUCACAUAACAGAUUUAUGACUAAAGUCUGCUGUUAUUUUUAAAUCCUUAUCUGUAAAUUUACAACCUUGAAUUUGUAGAUUUACCUGAAUUUAAAAUUCAUAAAAACACAACUUGUAAUCACGUGAAUUUACGACUAUUAUCUUGUAAAUGUACGACUUUAAUCCCAUAAAUUUGUAACUCUAUAAUUGUGACAUUAAUUCUGUAAAUUUACAACAAUUAUCAAGUAAAUUCACGACUUUAAUCUCUUCAUUUAUCAUUUAAAUCUGGUGAAAAUGCAACUUAAAUCUCAUAAAUUUACAACGUUAUGCUUAAAAAAUCAAAACUUUAAUUUAUGAUUUUUUUCUAAUCCAAGUUAAUUUUUUCGUAAACUUUAGAUGAAUUCUUUGAAAUCUGGGGUUUAAUCUCUGGCCGUAAUCCUCUGUCUUAAAAGUCUUGAGUAUUUUAAAGUCGUUGUGUAAAUUGAAAGUCAUAAACAGUUUCAGACUCUCCUCCUCAGACACUCUCCGGUUUGAUCGAACCUCCAACACGGCCGUCAGAGUCUCAUCACGUUAAACUUAUCUGUAUCCAGGUGUUGAACUGUUUGCUGUACCUGUGCGUGCCUCCUCUCACCUGUGGGGUUGAAAACUUUCUCCAUGAGCAGACUGAAGACAAUCAGCGAGCAGGACAAAAAACAGGAAACGCCUCACACUGUCAUCGCUCUGCUUCCUCACCUGUGCUCACCUGAACGUGCGUCAACACAAAGGGAUGUAACUUACCUGCUCUGAGACUAAAGUUAGAGCUUCUUUGUUUUUUUUGUUUUUUAUUUUUAUGAUUAUGAAAUAUAUUAAUGUUGUUUCAUUUUUGAUGUACAGCUCUGGGAUAAAGGAAUGUUCAAGAUUUUUCUGUAAUUAUAAACAGGGGAAAAGCUUUCUUCUUCUUCUUCUUCUUCUCUCUCUCUCUCCUCUUCUUCUUCUUUCUGAUCCUGUCAGAGAUGUAUUCAGCCCUGCUGCUACACCAGCUCUCUGUUUUUGUACCUGCAGUGAGAGUUGGACUUUCUAUUAAAAAUAAUAAAAGGAUAAUCAGUGAAGAAA